ACUUGAUGGUCUUAAAUCGCGGAAGUAAAGCUGCUGUGUUGUGUCUGUGUCCAGUACGUGGAGCAUUUUCAUUUUAAACAUUUUUGUUGCUAGAACAUAUAUUUUAGGAGGUUAUUGUGGCAAUACACUGAAAAAUGGAGGACGACGCUCCAGUCAUUUACGGACUUGAAUUUCAGGUACACGUGUCUUGCUAUUCUGUCACACUUGUAUGUGGACUUCGGAUAGCGAACUCUUAAAUACAUCUCAUUUUGCGGGUCUAUGUAAUGUUUUGAACCACUUUCCAUUCUCCCUGUUCAAACUGAACCUUGACAUUUGUGUGUUUUUGUUGUUUGUGGUGUUAUAUGUGAAGGAUAAUCGUGCUUUUUGCUUUUGCUUUGCAGGCUCGGGCACUGACAGCUCAGACUGCUGAAACUGAUGCUAUUCGUUUCCUUGUGGGCACACAGUCCCUGAAGUUUGACAACCAGGUAAAAUUAAAGAAUUUGAACACCUGAAAUGCCUUUGCUGUUGACAUAACAUGACCAGGUCCUGAACAGGUUUCAUUUGGUUCAGACCUUUGGUUUAUUUUAUCUAUCUACACUCACCGGCCACUUUAUUAGGUACACCAUGCUAGUAACGGGUUGGACCCCCUUUUGCCUUCAGAACUGCCUCAAUUCUUCGUGGCAUAGAUUCAACAAGGUGCUGGAAGCAUUCCUCAGAGAGCUUGGUCCAUAUUGACAUGAUGGCAUCACACAGUUGCCGCAGAUUUGUCAGCUGCACAUCCAUGAUGCAAAUCUCCCGUUCCACCACAUCCCAAAGAUGCUCUAUUGGAUUGAGAUCUGGUGACUGUGGAGGCCAUUUGAGUACAGUGAACUCAUUGUCAUGUUCAAGAAACCAGUCUGAGAUGAUUCCAGCUUUAUGACAUGGCGCAUUAUCCUGCUGAAAGCAGCCAUCAGAAGUUGGGUACAUUGUGGUCAUAAAGGGAUGGACAUGGUCAGCAACAAUACUCAGGUAGGCUGUGGCGUUGCAACGAUGCUCAAUUGGUACCAAGGGGCCCAAAGAGUGCCAAGAAAAUAUUCCCCACACCAUGACACCACCACCACCAGCCUGAACCGUUGAUACAAGGCAGGAUGGAUCCAUGCUUUCAUGUUGUUAAAGCCAAAUUCUGACCCUACCAUCCGAAUGUCGCAGCAGAACUCGAGACUCAUCAGACCAGGCAACGUUUUUUCAAUCUUCUAUUGUCCAAUUUCGAUGAGCUUGUGCAAAUUGUAGCCUCAGUUUCCUGUUCUUAGCUGAAAGGAGUGGCACCCGGCGUGGUCUUCUGCUGCUGUAGCCCAUCUGCCUCAAAGUUCGACGUACUGUGCGUUCAGAGAUGCUCUUCUGCCUACCUUGGUUGUAACGGGUGGUUAUUUGAGUCACUGUUGCCUUUCUAUCAGCUCGAACCAGUCUGGCCAUUCUCCUCUGACCUCUGGCAUCAACAAGGCAUUUCUGCCCACAGAACUGCCGCUCACUGGAUAUUUUUUCUUUUUCGGACCAUUCUCUGUAAACCCUAGAGAUGGUUGUGCGUGAAAAUCCCAGUAGAUCAGCAGUUUCUGAAAUACUCAGACCAGCCCUUCUGGCACCAACAACUGAUGCUCGGUUUGAACUGCAGGAGAUUGUCUUGACCAUGUCUACAUGCCUAAAUGCACUAAGUUGCCGCCAUGUGAUUGGCUGAUUAGAAAUUAAGUGUUAACAAGCAGUUGGACAGGUGUACCUAAUAAAGUGGCCGGUGAGUGUAUCUAUCUAUCUAUCUAUCUAUCUAUCUAUCUAUCUAUCUAUAUGUAUAUCUAUAUCUAUAUAUAUAUAUAUAUAUAUAUAUAUAUAUAUAUAUAUAUAUACAUAUAUAUACAUGGAUACAGUCUGCGGUUCAGACAUUAACAUAAAGAAAAACAGAGAGGCAUUUGACACAAAAUCAACAGACAUGUUUGCAUUUAAGCAUGGAUGCGGUAUGAUCAAUCUGAGUUAUAGGCUAGUGAAGAUAUAUAAAAUGUUUAAAAGAAAUAAUUGUGAUAAUCAAAGCUUAAAAAUGAGAAAGGAGAAUAGAUGAGGGGAGAUUAGACCAAAUAAGGCACUAAUACUGGAAAUGUGUGUGUUGUGGACAUGUUGAAAUGCUUGUCUAUGUGUUAUGUGAUUUGGACAUUUGACAAUGUUUUGCAGCAAAAUAGUAACCCUGCUCUCUCUGAAAAUGAAAUAUAUCACUAAUCUUGAAUCUCAUCUUGGAAGAGUAAGAAUAAUCUGUUUUUUCCCUGCAUUUUGUAAAUACAGUUAUCUUUCUAGACACUUGCCCCCUCACCGUGAUAUCAGACAUUCAAAAUGAAGACAUGCCCAACUAAAACAGAAAGUGAUAGCCUGUAAAUCCUUGCACCUCUCCUUGGGACUUUAAAAGUGGGCCUAAGUGUGAGCAUUUUGUUUUCUCUUGCAUGACUCUUUCUUUGUGAGUGAUGUGAUUCUGCUGUUGAUUUUGGCAACAAGACUGGUUAUUUCUAAAGAGUUAUUCAACAUGCUUGCUUUAGGCAUCAGACUUCCCAAGCAACAUUUAGAUUAAAGUAACAAUAAUAAUGAUUAUUGACAUUAAACUCAUGAAACAGCCUUUUAAAAUAUUCUCAAUGACAAGAAUUCUAUGUUGGUUAAGAUUCAUGAAAUAAAGGUGGAUGAGAUAUUUUUUUCAGAAAACUGUUUAAGAUAACCCAUGGCUAUGUGGUGUGUGACCACUAUGGAGGUGACUCCUUGCACAGGACGCCUGGGUUCAAUUCCACCCCAAAGCUCAUUUCCUGCAUGUUGGCCCACCCUCUCUCCCCUUUUCCUGCUUUGUCCACUGCAGGUAAAAGCCAAUGCAAAAAAAAAAAAUAAGAUUGAUAAAGUAAAUUAAGUUUAGACGAAUACAAUGACAUAAAGCAACAAAGGAUAAACGUACAUAAAAUAAAAUAAAUAAAAAUUAAUUGAAAUAAAGUGAAAAAAAUUAAAUAAAACAGUUAAAUUAAAUUCAAUAAAGUUAAAAAAAUAAAAUGAAUUUAAUUCAAAUUUUAUCAGGCUACAUAAAAUAAAAUUUAGUAAGAUAUAAACAAACUUUAAAUAAAAUAAAAUGAAUGAAAUAAAAAUCAAUAAAGUGAAUGUAAAAAAUACAAAAUAAAAUAAAUAAAUAUCAAAUACUAUUUUGUAUAGUCACACUGCAUACAAUUUACAGUCACAAAAAUGAAAGUAAAAUAAUCAGAUGAAAUGAAGAUAUAUUUAAGAUAAAAUAAUUCAGUAAUAAUAUUUAACAUAUCUUUAGAUGAAGUAAAAUAGAACAAAAUAAAAUAGAGUUUUAUAAAAUAACAUUAAAUCAAUAAAAAGUGAAAAAAUAAAGUUAUGAAAAGAAUUUUAUCAAGUUAAAUAAAAAGUAAGUAAAAUUAAAUGAAAAGUUACAUAAAAGAAUAUUGCAAAAAGUUAAAUAAAAUAAAGUUGAACAAACAGAAUUAACUCAAAUGACAUGAAAUAAAUUUGAAUAAAAUAUUAUCAAAUAGAAUACAUUUUAAUAAUAUUAAAACAAUUUAAAAUACAAUUAAAAUCCUAAACAUAUAUGCAUAAGAAAAGAGGAAAAAAUUUUCAUUUGACCACAUUGGGUGCAAUCAGAGCUCAAUAUGAUGUUGUUGUUUCUGACCAAAGACAGCUUCCUGAAUUUGCUGGAAAGUUAAGUUAAUUUAUUUUCUGAUUUCAUACUUUUUAAAAAAUAAUUAUUUAGAAGUUUUUUGUUUUGAAAAGAAUCGAAACUUGCUGUCAAGGUUGUUCUGAAACAGCCAAUAGCAUUUGAGUCUCUUUGAGCUUAUGAGAGUUCUAUUUUUUUAAAUGUCACUGUAGAGUCACAAUAGUCACCAGAAAAAGAAGAAAAAAUACUCUUCUCUCUUUUUUGUCAAAAGAAAAACAAUAACACUAAAAUAUUUGGUAUUCUCUGAUUUAGAUGAAAAAAAAAACAGCAAAAAUCACAUUUAGAACAUAAAGUGACAAAUUACACAUUGUUAUCAUAAUCAAACAAAUCUACCCCUUUUUCCUUAUUCCUUCCUAGAUUUUUCAGCCUUUAAAAUAUUAUCAAACAGUGAAAAUGUAAUAAAUGGUAACAACAUUAGCUGGGCUGACAUCCUAAUAAAACUAGCGAGGUUCAUCUGCCUUAAUUUUUCUAAUGAAUUUGGUGCUUUUAGAGUUAAAUCUUAUUAGUUCAUCAUGCAAGAACUCAACAGCCCUUUUUACAAAAUUACUCUAAAUAAGAUUAACAUCGUUUGAGUUUGAAGAGGUUUACUUGUCCUAAAAAUUCAGGUGAGAAUUUUUUAUUGUGUGUAUGAGUGGGUGUGUUGUGUUGUGAGUGUGUGUACAUGCACAUCUUGCCGAGGUUGUUGUAGACACAGAUGACAAAACCAGUUGGCUAUAAAUGAUUGAGAAGAAGAGACAGACAGGCAGCAAGAGAGACAGAUUCCUGCCUUGAAAAAGAAGCAGUCCAUUUUCUGGCAGACUUUGGUGUGAAAGCGGUCUGGCACUGAACAGAGACGCAGCUCAAUCCAAGUCUUGUGCAGCGAGUCUAAUUCAGAGCUCGCUGGGAAUGGUGACAAUGCAUCCCAGUCGAUCUGUGUGAUUUCUUAUCACACACUGUUAGUAGCUGAAUAUACUCCUCUUCACACUUUCACGUUCACUCUGGCACAUCCACAGCGCCGAAACACAUGAAAACCAUUGAGGCACGAGGAACUUUAAUAGUAGAGUAAAUCCAUUCUUAGCAUAAUUUUCAAAUUAAUGUUGUAAUAACGGUGCUUAUUGUGCUUAUCAUUUAUUCAUGCCUUCAUUACUAUAAAGGCCACAGAGGACCUCUGCUGCAGUUUUGUGACAUCAAAUAGAGAGUUGGCACUAGUAAGAGAAAUGCAGUGAAAUCUUUAAUCAUCCAAUGUCAUGCUUAAAAUGUAGUUAGCAGUGAAACAUGAAUCCUGCCUCUGAGAUGAUUUAGCCAUCAAAAGGAGGAGAAGAUGAAGCUCAAAAGUUAAAUCAACAUGUUUUAUCAAGGUAGAAUUAUUUAAUCCAGCAGAAGCAGGAGCACUGCUACGCCAGCUUCAAAUGAUCUGAUUCAUUUCAACAGUGUCAGUCAUCCACUGCUGUGUAAUGAUGCAUGGGCAUUUCUUUCCUCAUUAUUCAUUUGUUGGUACCAUGAUCGUCCAAAUUAACUCUGAAAAAAAUCACACUGUAACUUUGCAGAUUUUUGUUACACUGUUUUUGUAUCUCAAUCAGUACAUUUUCAACAUCCAUGUUAAUGUUGCACAAUGGAAAACAAUUACUAUAUUUUCUAAUUAAAAAGAAAAUAUGUUUUUAAAAGAUAUCUAAAAACAUGAGGACACAGUCUGAGUUAUAAAGGAAUUUAAAAACUAACAUGGAGACAUGUAAAAAAAAAAAUAGUCAGGACCCCCUUUGUCAAUAAAAUUUGUGAUUUGCAUGCAGUAGUUAAAUUUGGCUGUAAUGAUCUGUUGUGAGAGUUCCCUGCCUUUCUAUGUGCUUAUGUGGAAAAACAAAGUCUGCAGCAUGGAGAGCACACCUCCCAAGAGCAGCAGCAAAGGCACGAACUGAACAGAGCAGAGCAGACGUCAGUGACAACAUGUAUGAAACUGAUUUCUGGUCAAAUUAAUCACUGCCCUGCACUGAAUAUGUUGAGAAUAAAGUUGUUCAAUUGUGAGAAUUAUGUCCUAAGAAAAUCAAAUUGUGAUAUUAUGUUAUAAAAGUCAGAUUAUUAUGAGAGUAAAGUCACUGUGUUUAGACAAUAGAGUUGUGAUUAAGUCAUAGCUUUGGUUUCAAUGAGCUUUCAGCUGCCCAGAUCAAAAUAGAGAUUGUAGAGUUUGAUCCAUUUUUUUUUUUUUAUAAAGGAGUGGGUGGGCUGUAUCUUGUCAUGUCAUGUUGUCUACCUUCUUUUCUAUGGUUUGAAUGAAUCCCUGUUUUACCUCAGUGCUCUUUAAAAACAAACCCAUGUUGUUGAAAUGUAAAAACUGUGCUUUUAUAACAACUGUUUUCUUAUAUAACAAGCAAAGAGCAUUUAAAGAUGCAAACCUAAUCAUCAUACAUCUUGUAGUUCAUAGUCCUGAAUAUGACCCCGACUCUAAGUCACAGAUUUUGUCAUUUCAGUCUGUUUUAUUCAUGAGCACUUUGUCUUUUCCUCUCUGCAUAACUUUGCUGGUCUACAUCUGAGCUCUCACUUCCUCUAAGUCUGGACCUGCAUCGUGAAAAAUGUUUUUUCGAUUGGCAUUUCAGCCCUGAUAGCUUCUGCUGUAUCCAUAAGCCUGCUGGCCUCUCAACCUCCCAUUAAGCAUAAUGCAGGGUGGAAAUGUCUCUUUUAACUCGCAGAGCACCUCUCAAAUCCCUCAGAGACCAAUAGCUGGAAUGACAAAUCGGAGGGCGCGUCGGCAUGGCAUUUAAGGCUGCUAACGAGAUAAAGCGCCCGAGCUUGGCACCUCUCACCCGCUCACUACUCCUCUACCCCGCUUACUGUCAUCUGCGCGGCUAAAGAGCUUUAGCGCAGAGGCCCUUGGAGUGGAGGCCACGAGCCAGCUCUGCUUUAUCCCUCCCUCACCCCCUCUUCCCAGUCUCCCCUCCCCUCGUCUCCUCCUUGCUUCAGUUCCUCCCACCAUCGGCACAUAAUUAAAAGUGCUGGGCAGGCUGCCCAAGUGGCUGAGGGCUAUGAGUCACUCCUCAGACCUGGAGAAUGAGGGAUAAAUCACCUGGGGGAGGAGGGCUGGAACUUUUCUCCCCUCACACCUGGGUUCAUUCAGGGGGACCCUAUUACCAGGCCCUCCAAUUACCCUGUCCCGCCAGCCUGAAUUUAUUUGUACCGCUCCCCCACCACCAUAAAAUUAUAACUUUGCCUAAUAAUUUUUUGCUCGAUGCAGUCCAACUCAAGGUUAAUAGCCGCCUAGCUGACUUUGAGGAGGCUGAGGGAUGCUGCCGCUCGGCUGGUCCUCCUCCUGACGCCCCUUCUUUCAUCCUCUUGUUUAGCCCGUAAAAGUAGAACAGGGAAGAGGAGUAGAAGUGCCUUGCAGGAGUUAUUGUCCAGUGCAACCCCAUUAACAGUCCCCCGAGGUGCUGUAAGUGUCUCUCUUAUGGGAGAAACUGCCAUUAAUUGUCUGAUCAAACCUUGAGACCCUCACUGUUUUACUAUAUUAGGGGCCCUGAACUGCAUUCAAUCGCAGGCCCUCAUAGAAUAGAUUUCCAUCUUAUAAAAAGAGAUCAAGAAGAAGGAGUUGCUAUUAACAUCUUAUGGAUAAAAGUUAGCUUGUUUGUUGAACUUGUUGGCUAUAAAGUAAGAGAGCUGAUGAUUGUGUUUUCAAGUGCAGCCAAGGCCGUGACAUUUGGAGUAUUUCUUGGUCCUUAAGACGGGUAGUAAUUUGUGUGUUACUUUAAAAUACCUUGUCUUUCAUCUUUAGCACUCUGGAUAAUGGCUCUUUAUAAAGAUAGUAAAUAGAGAGGAACUCGCAGGUAUAACAGAUUGUGUAAUGCCAGAAACUCGGGUAAAUGAUUAGAUGAUGAUAGGUUGACUCUUACCCCUUUUUUACCCUAUACUCUAGGUCCUUGACAGUUUUUAUUUAAAUAUACCUUUCUCAGUUAGAGAUGCACUGAAAUGCUUUUGUGCAUCAUGCAUUAUUGUAAAAUGCAGUGUGUUUCACUACCUAUCCUAAACUCCUCACAGGAUAUUCGAUCUGAUUAUUUAAAUUUUGACUCUUCAUCUCAGGAAACUGUGAGAGUCAGAUCCCUUCUUAUAUUUUCAUUUCAGGUGUUUUUAUGCUGUAAUUUAUAGUGGGAGUGUUUUUAUGUUGCAAAUUACACCCCAAACUGUCUUGUCAUAUUCUGUUAUAUUGUUUUAUUUUUGUUGGUUAUCAGUUAUUUUCAUACCUCCUACAAAGUGAUGGGCCCCAUGGUGUGUCAUACUUUUUAAUCAGGCCUACCGGCUAAAAAUUUUGCAUUUAAUUAUAUAAGUGAUGAACCAUUAAACAGUACAAAAUAACGGGUUAAAGUGUUUUUGGAUGCAUCUUUGCUUAUUGUCCUGAAGCAAGUAGUCAAUUUAGGCCACUUUUAGACUGAAACGGUCUCCAUAGAAAACGGAAAAAAAUUAGUUUCGUUUAGGGGGGGUCCGUUUAGACGGCAACUGCGUUUUCAGGACAUGAAAACGUAACAAAGUGAAAACCCCCUCCACAGUAGAAAUGUUGUAAACGCUCUGCUAGCCCCGCUUUCGUCUAAAGUACAACAACACUGAAAACAGUCAAACCUGUGACAUCCUGGCUCACGUAGGCUCACGCUUAUGACAUCAUAGCCAUGCGCAGCAUUUUGUGCUGCGUGCUUCUAGGAAGUAGAGCGGAAGUUGUUCUAUGUAUGCGUUGUUGGUCUAUAUGGGAGCGCGGUCACACCGACACGCGCCACCUGGCAUGCACAUUACAGCGUUUUCAACCACAUUGCGUUUUAGUGUAAACACAGCAUAAAAACUGAAAACGAAACAGCACUUUUCCAUUUUCUAUGGAGACCGUUUUGGUCUAAAAGUGGCCUUAGUCUCCACUUAGGGGUACUACUGAUACUUUCCCUUUGACUGAUCCUGCUGUAUCAUCUUUGCUUUGAGUCCACCAGUCUGUCGUAGUAAAUCGGUCAAUAUUAGUAAGAAGAUUAACUGACUCAUAUUGAUACACAAAUCACAUGUGUGCACAAUGUGAGUGCUCUGUUGGAAAGCUGUGUUAGGGUUUAGUUUAAGAUCUACAUGCAUGUGUGUAAAAGUGUCAGCACUGAGGAAAAACAAAGCAUUAAAGUACAGUAUGUCAUUAUAAGUAUACAAAGAAAUAUCACCAACUUUUAUGUUGUAUUGUUUUGUUAGAUCCACAUUAACUUGUGCCGCGGAUGUAAAAGUAUACAGUGAUUAUUUCAUGUGUGUGUGCCACAGCCUGUGGAUGUAUACUGAUGUUGUAGUGAGGAGAUGUUUUAAACAAGCAUAAGAUGAGAUAGGAUACGAACUUUAUUUAUCCCUGAGGGGAAAUUCGAUAAACAUGGCAGAUGCUGAAGAAUUACACACAUCUCUGAAUUUUAAAUCAAAAGUUUGGCAACUUUUUUUUUUAAGAGAGAGAAAGACGACUUGAGAGGAAAAACGCUGUUUGUAAAUGUGCUUGGUUUUGCGUCCUGGGGCUUCACAGCACAAUUGCUGGACAACUACUGUAUGUGUAAUCAUCCCAAAGUGAGGAUAAAGAUGAAAUGAAACUCUUUUAAGAAAUAUAUUAACUGAGAAGGAAAUCAUGCACUGAUACAUCGAUCAUGUUGCUAUAACACACUGAAUGCCAAAAUAUAUAUUGGUUGGACAUCUCUGUCCAUGUGACGCCACUGCGUCUCCAUGCUGUUAGUGAAUAAAUAAAAAGCACAGCACACCUGAUAUACAGCUGACAUUUACAGUCACAGAUUAACACGGACAGAGGCUGGAGUAAUUCUGCCUAUGUGCCAAGUACUUUUAACACAUCCCUAUGAGCAUUUUGUCUGUUACUUUCUGUGUUUAUAGGCCUUUGAGUGAAAAAUAUCCAAAAUCCAUCGAUCAGUGAUGAUAACAAUGAGGAGUACAGUCCACUUUUUCACCAACAUGGUUUGUGGCAAUCAGCGGUUUGAUUUCAUUCAUGUUGACUGCGAUCAGUUUGAGUGGUGACAGCUGAUGCUAUUCUGAACUAAAGAGAAAGAUAUUUUUAAAAUAUCUCUGUUGACAUCAAAUGUUUCGUCUCUACUUACUUGCAGUGUGGAUCAUAAUGUGUGGAGAUGUUUUGCAAACACACUGGAAACGAAUAACAAGUGAGGUGUACAGGCUGUCACGAAAGUUCAGAAAAAAAGAUGUUGCAGCUGAGUGCAAAACUUGUCAUGCACAAGUUUGUGCCAACAUCGUAUCAAUACCGGCCAGAACUGAAGGCCUCAAUAUUGGUAUUGUAUUGGAAGUAAAAAUAGUUGUAUUGGGACACCCCUAAUUCAGAUGUGAUUUUACUUUAUUUUGUCACUAAAAAAUAAAUAUUUAUAGUGCCAAAUGGAUGUUUUGUUGUUGCAGAUAAUUAGGAUUUUUUAACCUGGUUUAAUGGGAAGUUUACAUUUGAAACUGAAAUAUAAUUCAAACUGAGCGGUCUAUUAAGUCUUCAAACAGAGAUGAUCUUCCUGGAAGGAAAUGCUGUCCAUAACGUUGCUGCCCUCUUCAUGAAUGUCAUGCUGUACUUAAUUGAUAGUCUGCAGAUCAAAACUUGACACGUAAAAUGACAGUACACUUAGCCAUGGUUUAAUAAUCCACUGCUAAAGGUUUCCAAAAUAAAAAAAAAAAGUCUUUUUAAAAACUGCACAAUUAAAGCCCUUCAACAGAAAAGCUCUCUCGGAUAAUGCACCUCAUAUCCAGCCCCAUUUAGCGAAGCCAUUUGUCUUCAAAAAAAGAUGGAAUGAGCUUUUAUCGAUUUCCUUUUUGUUUUGCCUUUUCCUCUGACUCCUCCAACGUGUCAAAUGAGAACUCCCGUGAAUCCAACAUGACUUCUAAAAGUGUCUUAAUCGUCGCUUUAAAGGCUAAAUCAAGAUGAAAAGUCUUGAAGUUGACAGGGAAAAAAAGAACCAAAGAGAUGCCUGCCUUGAAAUUACGUUUACUGUCAUAUUAAAAAGAGGAACCUUCUUCUUUUCUGUGGGAUUCAGAGGAGCGGAGGAGCUUUGAACUGCUGCUGCUAGUGUGUGUGUGUGUGUGUGUGUGUGUGUGUGUGUGUGUGUGUGUGUGUGUGUGUGUGUGUGUGUGUGUGUGUGUGUGUGUGUGUGUGUGUGUGUGUGUGAGAGGGGAGGUGCUUGCAGUGUUUUAACUCGGGCUCCAUCCUUAACACAUCUCCUCUGCUCUCUGUGUCUUUGCUUCCUUUCCAGAUCCACAUCAUUGACUUUGAUGAUGAGAAUAACAUCAUUAAUAAGAAUGUCCUUCUGCACCAAGCUGGGGAGAUAUGGCACAUUGGCGCCAGUCCUGCAGAUAAGGCUGUGCUCACCACCUGCUAUAACAAAAGUGAGUCCUACUGUUUCCGUCUGUCACCGGAUUCAUUCACAGACUCUUUCUACGCAUCAUGAUUCUCUUUUCCCUCUCUGUUUUUCCUCUUUUAUUUCUGAUUUUUUUCCUCUUGCUUGUGGUUUGCAUUUACUUUUCUCUCUGUUCUCCUUUCUUUUGGGCCUUAUUUCACACAUGCACCAAACUCCUGAAAAUAAGUUUUAAAUAAGAAAAAAGUUUUCCUGCAUGUGUGAUGCAAACAGCUGAAAUUUUCACCCCAUCUUAAUGUUUUAUUUUUCCCACUAGCCCUCCAGAAAAUUUACACUUAAAGACAAAAUUGUCAUAUUGAUCAUACAAUCAUAUCAAUCAACAAACCGGAUUAUGUAGAUAAUGAAGAGUAGGGGGCCCAGAGUAGAACCCUGGGGGACACCGGAAGAGACAUGAGAAGAACAGUAUUGUAAUGAUUUACAUUACCUUUAGUAAGAAUGAGCUGAGCCACUGAGACUGCACCAUCCCUCUCUACAGGUCAUUUAUUGUUGGUCUUGUUGGCAAUAACCAGUUUUAAUCCAAUAUUUAACCUAUAAUUCUGAAAACAAACAAACAAAAAAAACACACUGCUUCUGCAUGCAGCAGUUGAAGAUUAAAGCAAAGCUAUAGAAAUGUUUCUGAAAUGUGAGGACGCUUUAAAAUAUUGAAUGAUUAUAAUUUAUGUUGUUUUUGACUGAUGCAAACAUAUUGUACAUUUCUUUAAAUGUAACGAACUAUUAGCGCAGUUUAUUACAUGACUUACGGCUGUCAGGAUAUUAGAUCUUCACCCUGAGAGUAUUGUGUUUAUAACCUGUCACAAUAAUGAUGUUAUCACAGAUUUUAUGGGAACCUUCAGAGGUCACAGUCAGUCAAAUUGAGGGAACGCACUACAGGGAUAGAGCAACAUAACUUCUUAUACUUGAUUAUUAAAUACCUUGUAUGUCAUCAUUAAAUUCUAAUAAUACUCAAAUAUAUGAUUUUUCAUCAGCCACUGCGUUUAUAGUGAGAGCAUUUUUUUUAUUUUGGCACUUUUAGGUUGCUGAGGUGCCUUUUUUAAAGUACUUUAUUAACAGCAGAUUGCAAGUAUCAGAACUGAAUAAAAACGGUUUAAAAAAGGUUAAACAUUGUACCUAUUAAGCUGAUUAGGAACCCAAGAGGCACAAGCUCUUACGCUGUUUUUGGAUUCAUAAAAAAUCUUGAAUUUCAGUUUUAAAAAGAGCCAAAUCAAUUAAGAAGUUGGUACUUCUUCUUCUUCUUUUUCCUCUGUUUUAUGAUGUGUGGCAUCCAAGGUAAAUGAUCACUACUGUUAAGCCAAGCUAAUACUGUACAUCUAUUUUAGCACAAUAUCAAUAUUUUAUUUUUUGAAAAAGGUGGUUAGUGUCAGUGCUGGUAUGUAUGUAAAUUCUUGUUUUAUAUUACAGCAUCAAAACAUACAACAGAGUAUCAGGGCCACACUGUAGAAAGGAAACAACACUUUAACAUUGAAGUCUUGAUUUGACAGGAGUAGUGUCUUUGUAAAAAAAAAAGUGUUAAAGCUGCUGUUAGGAACUUUGGGUUUGGUUCUCACAAGUUUAGCAAGUGUAGUUGUGUGUCUGUCUGUGUCACAUGGGAGCAGACAGCCAUGUCAGAUGGGGCAUGGUGAGGGGGAUGCAGAGAGCACUGUAGGCCCUCAGGGUUACACACAAUCCUCAUCCAACCUCUCUUCCUCCCUCCUCUUCCUCCCCCCCUGUCUCUCGCUCUCUGUCAGCUGAGCUCUACAUGCUUCAGUUCACAGGAUGACAGCCACUCUGGACUGGGCUGGAGCUCAGACAGCACACCAUGCACUGAUGCGCACACCACACACAAAAAUAUAUACAUACACGGGUGUAAUAAACACACAUACACAAGUGCGCUCUUAUUGCGUUUCCAUACCGCCUCCCACCGGCACUCCAAUAUGUGAGCAAGAAAAGCCUUUUGUUCAAGAUGAUUGCUUGCCCACUUACUCCAAGUGCAAGGUUGUCUAAAACCACUCAAGAGCCUGUGGACUCGCACCACGUUGCUUUUUAAUUUGACAAAUAGGCCUAACGCCUGUGUUUCAUAGCCUGGCGCCUGCCCACACACUGUCAAUACUACAUCGAAAAGAAAUUAGGCUCUUUUGCUCUCUCUGUGCUCUCUCUCUCCCUCUCUCUCCCCCUCUCUUUCUAUGUGAUUGGUUAUGCCCUCCAGCCUCAAACUUUUAGUCCAAUUACUGUAUCAAUUCUACAUUUACUCCACUGGUUCCAAUUAGCAGCUCUGGCUCUGGUGUGGAUGUGCCAAAAUAACUCAUAUGUGAUAUGGAUUUGUAGGAAAGUGUGUCCGAAUCACCACAUUAACCCACACUGCACUCCCUGGAACAACGUGGGAAUGACUUUUCAUGUGUGUGUGUGUUUGUGUGUGUGUGUGUGAUUGUGUGUAAUUGUGUGUCAAUCCCCUCCAGCCAGCGAUAGCAGGGUGGUGUCCUGCGCGGCAGUAUGGCGGAUGCCUUCAGAUUGGGACACAGGAAGUCAUGAGUCACCUGAUGACUCCGCCCACAACCCCCAGACCCUAGAGCUGCUCUGUCACCUUGACGACAACGCACACAGCAACGCUGCCUGGUAGGUGUUGCUGGGGAACAAUUGCACUCACACAAGUACAGUUAUUCCAAUGUAGUGUGCAAUUAAGUGUCUGCCCCGGUGGGUAUUUAUAGAAUAGAUAUGUUUAAUGUGUUUGUGGACUACACAGGACGCUCAACAGCUUACAAAAUAUUCCAGACUUGGCUAUUCUGAUAUUGAACUGUACCUUUAAUGUCUAAACAAUUUACCUGAAAGUCUUAUUUUUCAUAUGCAUCCUGGUCCAACUGUGUGAUAUGUUCAAAAGUUCUGUAAAAUAGGCUCUUAUGGCUGCAAAAUUACUGUUCUGCGCAAAUCUGUGCAGUUAGAGUUGCUGCUACGGGCUCAGGUUUUUACUCUACGUGUCUGACUGAGGGAUUGCAUUAGUUAGGACCAUUUUAUAAAGGCACUCUCAGUAUUUUCAAUGAAAGCCAACACAUACUGUAAAAUUCUGGAAUACAUCUUGCAUAGGCGUGUGAGAUUUUAAAGGUAAAAAGUCCACAACAGUCACUUUAUAAGCACACAGAAAGGCUCCUCUUUUGCAGGACAUACAAACCUGAAAGCUUCUGAUUAGGGCUGGGUGAUUUACCGAUACCAAAGUUUACGACAAUAACCCAUAUCAUUUUGCCCAUACCAGUAUAUUUGGUGUCUAAAAUAAAUAAAUAAAAGUUGGUUUUGGAUGUGUGAAGGUAGGCUAUAGUUUCAUGUCCCUUUAAGACACUGUCCAACUUCCUACGACACUCUACCCCAUCCAGUCUGGCACAAAGAGGGAAAGAAAGCUGAGGAGAUGGAGGACAAUUCAAAAGUUGUAGCGGCUGAAGUCGACAAAGUUAAUGUGGGAGGGGGUGAGCAGCUAGUGGAGUAGAUAUUAUCUGAUUAUCGUUAUCAAGGUGAUAUUGAUUUGAGGCCAUAUCACCCAUCCCUACUUCUUAUUGUGAGGUGAUGGUGUUAGAAAAACAACAUAUAUUCUCUUCUGCAUAUUUCAGAAAUGAAGAGCUUGUUGUAUUGAAAUGAAUUCAUACUGUAAAGAUUUAAGGGACGGAGAACACACUGUACAUUCAUCAGUGUUUCCUGUACAUAGAUGAUACCUGGAUGGGCAGCCCAGGUAUAUUUCAGCUGCCUGAGUAUUUUGUUGACUAUUUCUACAUGUUUCAGUUUUUUAUCCUGAUGAAAUGACAACCUAGAUUCAAGCAAACUGGAAUGACCUCUAGACGAUCUCUUUCACUCUCUGCCUGCAGUGCCUGACAUGUGCUCUCCAGGUGUUAAGACAGAAAGACGUCCCUAUCAGUAUGUCCCUCCUGAUAGUACACUGAGCAUGUUAGUUUAACAGGUAUAACUUGAGUACUGUUCUUGUCCAUGUUUACAAGAACUGGGCAAGAAUUGAAUUAUUAACGGAGGUAUAUCUUCCCAGUCAUGGUAGGUGGCGACCUUCCCCAUUUCAACUUGUUUACAGUCAUCUCCUGGUUCAAAAUAGUCAACAAAACACGCACAAACAGGCUGAUGUGAUAUACAUUGAACGCUGAAAACAUCCCUUUUGCAGCUCUGUUCUCGUUUGUUUGUAUUAGAGGAAUUUUUUUUAAUUUGUAAGUCCUUCCUUCAUCUAGACCUCCUGUUGCUGCCACCAUCACUCUGUGGUUAAGGCUCAUCAGGCAAAUGCAAAAAACAAGAGCCCCAUCCUUUAAUCCAGGUAUUUACAGAUUGUGAUGCAGAGAUUUACACAUAACAUAACAAGGUAUGUUUUGUUUUAUUUAACUCAGGAGUCCUCUGAAAAGCCUUGGCAGGGACUUAUGUGUGUGAUAUUCCCACUUAAAACACAGAAACAAACAACUUCCAGGCAGUUUUAUCGUGAGAUCAGAAAUCCUCAAACUAAAUGAGAGCCGUUUAGAAACACCGAGCAGAGAAAACACACGAGCGGACAGAUGGACAUGUUGUCCCACUGAAAAUGAAACUACCCACACUCUCCACACCACUGCGAGCUGGAAUAAAGCUCCACUUUUCUCUCUUUCCUCUUAUCUCCCACUCUCUGCCUGCAUCUCUCUUCCAUAAGGCUGUUUUUAUUUUCUUUCUGGCUCAGACUAUUGACUGGUUCACGUCUCAGAUCCUAGUCUUGGCUCUGCUCUCCUUUGUCUUACAGUCGGAGCUCCCGUGCACAAUGCCUCGCCAUAAUUCACCGCUGAUGAGAACGAAAAUCAAUGGUCAUUCCCCUUUUUAGUCCGCUGUUCAUCGGCUGGCACAUGAUUGUAAUCAUUUUUAGAGGCGCCAAUCAGUUAGCGUGAUGCAUACUGUAGCAGGUGUCUGCGAGGGAGAGAUAAAGAUGGAGAGGAGGAGUGAGGAGGAAGAGAGAGACACAGAGAGAGAGAGAGAGAGAGAAAGAAACUCACAAAGAGAGGAGAGGAGAGAUUGCAUUUGUGCAUUUCUGUGUGUGUGUCUGGUUCUGGUGUGAGUGGUGAAAGCAGGGUUUUAUAUUUGCGGGGGUGCAGCCUUGCAUGUGUACUUGUGUGUGUGUCUGUGUGAGUGUGUGUUUUGGUGUGUCAGAGGGCAGGUCAAGCAAGGCUGCUGGGGAAAGAUUGAUGGCUCUGGGCUCCUCCAUCUUAACACCCUUAGAGCUGUAACCCUCACAAGGGCACCACACUGUGUGUGUGUGUGUGUGUGUGUGUGUGUGUGUGUGUGUGUGUGUGUGUGUGUGUGUGUGUGUGUGUGUGUGUGUGUUUGGUUCAGCGCUGUGAAGCCUGUAGCCUAUGCUGUGCACUAUUGGCUCUCCUAGAUGGAUGGCUUUGGUCUGCUGCCCACCUCCUCCAUCUCUCUGACACACACACACACACACACACACACACACACACACACACACACACACACACACACACACACACACAGAUAAUACUGGCAGCCUGCACCAGUCUGAGUAUGUGUGAAUGUUUGUGAGCAGACAAAGAGUAAAGCGAUCGAGUAUCGUAUUCUUAUAAGGCUUUCCUACGUCUAAUGUGUGUGUGCGUGUGCAAGUGUGUUUACCUACCCCUGUGUGUCUUCAGUCUGUGUGUUUGUGUCCGCUAAAGCGUGUCUGCCCUUGUGCAUUUCCUGCAUCCUUCAUGUGUGUGUUAUCCCGUGCUCUGUGUCCCUUCUCUCUCACUAACAAUAACAUUUUCUCCUUCCUCUAAAUCCCCUCAUUGUUUGGGUGGGCAAACAUUUGAGCCUCCGCCCUGUUGUGAGGCGUGCUCUGAAUGGGAAUAUCAGCAAAAUGCUCCUAAAAAAGAAAAAAGACCAACAGGACAGAAGACUCUUUUUGGGAGAAUCUUUCUUUGGGUUGGUCUAGUGUUUUUUUGUACCCCCCUUUUUUUCUGGAUUGGUUUCAAUUGAGUUGAUCGAAUCGAUUCCCAUGGAGCCAUUUCAGCCAAUCAGGGCUUCAUGUGGGAAUGAUGAGGGGGUUAAAGGCAAUAAGGCUAAUUUUCCAAAGUGGCAAGUAGCUGCAGGGCACAAAGGGUGUUUGUAUGUCUGAUUGUUGGUGUUUGUGACACACAUGAAUGCAGUUGUGUGUGUUAUUUUGAAGUCUGGCUCUCUUUGUCCUGACAUGAGAUCAGGUUGUGUGUGUGUGUGUGUGUGUGUGUGUGUGUGUGUGUGUGUGUGUGUGUGUGUGUGUGUGUGUGUGUGUGUGUGUGUGUGUGUGUGUGUGUGUGUGUGUGUAUUUUAUCUGUGUAACCAGGCAUGCAAAAAGUGUGUAUGUGAGUGUGUAGAACGAUUUCUUGCUGAUCACUAUCAGUGAUUUUCACCGUCAGGGUCCCUGAGUCCCGAUCAAUCGUACCCCAGCAGAGGGGUCUCACACAAACACACCGGGCUGAUGGUUUGUUUGUGUGAUGGAGGCUCCAGUCGAUCACAGGGCCUGUGGUGUCCUGCCUUUUCAACCCAAUCUUGCAUUAUUGAUGGAGGCUUUUCAAUGAAGUUUGCAGGUCUGGUGGUGUUUUCCUGUCGUACCAAGAGGUUCUAAGUCAAAAUAGUUUUAAAGUUUAUGUGAGCGGUAGGCCCCGCUGAGUGAUCUCCAAAUCUAACAGGAUUUACAGAAAGACUUCUGUAGGUUUGCAGGCAUGUUGAAAACAGAUAUGAUGGGAUUUUAUUGAACAUAAAUAAAAUUUGCAAAAAAUAAAGUAAAAUUAACUUAAUUGGUGAAGGUGAUGUUUGGUAUUCGUGCUAACUAGGAACGUACAAAGAGCCAGACACUCUGGCUCCCUCAUUCCCUAUAUCAGAGUGCACCAUGCCUAGUGUGCAGCUCAUCCAGCUGAUGAUCACAGCCAAGACACACCCACUGCAACAACCCGCAGACACAGAGUGGCCUGGUGGCAGGGUCGACAAAGUUUCAAUGUUUCAUGGUGUGAUGCUGCUGGCCGGACAGCCUAAGCCCACAUCCAUGUGGCUCUCUUGCAGGUGGCCCCCCUUCGGUUCCAGCCUAAGGUCCAGCAUAUCUCUCCCAGCUCUCUACACUUAAGACAAAGGACACCCUCCAACAAAACACUGUUUUUUCACAAUAUAAAAAACUCCAAAAAUAGAAGAAAAAACAUAAUGCAUCUUAGUAAAGACGUCCCCCUUCUGGAGAAGUGAUUUUCAAACGUCUCACACACGGCAACAUACCGCCCUUGGGGUCCCUGUAUCCAAGCUUAAAUCUUAUCCAGAAGGAGAAAACACGCACACACACAGAAACACGCAAACACACUUUGUUUGUGUUGGCUGUUGUGUUUGUAUAAGGCAGGCUUGGAUUAGACUCAUAUGGAUGCAAAGCAUAGUAAAGUGGUGGAGCAAUCUGAUGAGCGAGAGACGUGGUGGGAGACAUAGAGAGAGAGGAGUGCAUCUGUGUCCCAGACUUAGAUAUAUGGGGCCAUAAAACCUCCAUAGCUCUCCCCGACAGUAUUUACAUACCACUCCAGUAUCCAGAGUGCCAGCUUGUUGCAGAGCUCAAGGUCAAAUGCACAUAACUUAUAUACUUUAAUAAGAGAGGAAGGAAAUGUGAGAAUAUGUACAUACUCCCUCCACCCUCUGCUGAAUGAAUUAAUUUGUACUAUAGGGAAGCACACUCCCAGAGUGCUGAGUAUAUUUUAAUUGGUCCUGUGGUGUGCUGAUUUAUAUGUCUGUGUGCGUGCGUGCGUGCGUGCGUGCGUGCGUGCAUGCGUGCGUGCGUGCGUGCGUGUGUCUGAGAGGAGAGUGGCACAUAACAGGCUGGCCUCCAUCCAAACAGUUCAUUCAGCAUCACAUUUUUGGAAACCUUCUGUAGGUUCAAAUGCAGGUUGAAAAUGUCCCAUGCAAAAGAGAAAAUGGGUACACGAUCCUAAAAUGGUAGCAACUUCUGGGCAAGAUGGACUGAGGCCAAGUGGAAAACUCUUGUAUGGUCUGAGGAAUCAAGAUUUGACAUUCAUGUUGGAACUCAUGGUUUAUGCUCUCAUAAGGAAGCGGACAAACCAGCUAAUGAAAUGCAUUCCUUACUGUAUGGGAUUGCAGAAGCACACAUGGGGCAGUGGUGGCUCAGUGGUGGCCUGCUGUGCCCAACGGUGUGUGGAUGAGAAUAGUCAAAAACUGAUGGGCUCAAUACACAGCAGCCUCGGUCAUCAGUGUGUAACUGGGUAAAUUUAACAUGUGAUGUAAAAGCCAGAGAAAGCUCUAUUCAUACAAAGUCCAUUUACCAUUCCCAUGUCAGGGGUAUCUUCCACAUCUGUGAAGGCUCCAUUCAUGCUGAACAAUAUCUACAGUUUUAGGAGCAACAUCUGCGGCCAUCCAGACAAUGACCAUCAUAUUUCUGCAAGACAGUGCUGAAUGAUAACAACAUUAUGGCUCUGCAGUAGAAGAGUCCUGCUGAUAAACUGGCCUGCUUGCAAGACCUCAAACUGUUGAGCAGCUGAAAUCAAAAAUCAAGUUAGACUGGACCAACAUUUCAUGAUCACAACUCCAAUAACAGAUGACUUUUUCCUGAACUCCUGUUGAUGAACUGGACUGGAAAAAAGUCAGGAUAAAGCUGUGGAUCAAGGCUCUCUUUCAUAUUAGGGUGGCUUAAGUCAGUAAUUGUGAACCCGAGCUUUCUUUCUUCUUUUUUGUGUACGUUGUUAUACGUAAAUCCCAAACCUACGAAAGGAGAAAAGCUUUGAAUUACCUGUUCUGAAAGCACCUCCUCUCUCUCCCUCCUCCUCUGUCAGCCUCUUAAAUAGGGUUAUGUAUAUUGAAAAUAUAAAUUUAAACCCAAAGCAAACUGUAAUUUUGUCUUCACACAUUUACAGACUGUCUCUGUCAUUUCUUUUAUCUCCUGCAAACACUCACCUUUUUUAACACCCUCUCUGUCAGACGCUGGCAAUGUCAACCCUGCUCCAGGUUGACAGAUGAGUGAAAGAAAAUGGGGUUGUCUAAUUGAUGAACUGUUAAAAUAAAUGGCGUCAUCUCGUAAACCUCUAAUGACUGCAGCUUUAAUGCUUUGACUCCAUGAGAAACCUUCAGCCAGACCAUGGCUGUGCUUCUGUGACAUUUUACAUCCUUUAACCCAAAAUAGACAGAUUUUUUUCUUGAGCUGAAAUGUCACACCAGAUCAGAACCCUAACAAGCAUAUAGCAGCUUUCUCAGACCAAGGUUAUGUUUAGCUUAUUGCUGGGUCUCUGGCUGCUCUGACAUAUCGCUUUUAAAGUCGACAGGACUCAGACUUAAAAGCUUUCUCACUAGGGUUGUGUCCUCUUUCUUAUUCCAUGUGGUUGUGUCUCUGGCUACAUUUAGCUGCUCAGCCCAUCUAAACUAAGAAGAACAAAUGACAAAAGCAUGAAAGCAUGUGGAUCCACACAACACUGAGGGAGUUAUAAAGCAACAGUUUGGGCUCCAGAGUGUCAGGUGUGGAUCAGUCCCUUUGGCUUGUGCACAGAAAGCAUGUUUUAAGUAGCGCACAGUGGAGAAUCACAUCUCCAAGAAGCAUGCAGUGAGGAAUCAAUACUCUUCAGAAAGUAGUAUGCAGGGAGGAAUCAAAGCUAAGUAUGCAGUAAAAGCUACCACUUCUUUAACACCACUGAGGCAACUCUGUAUCCCAAUGCUGUGUUUGAACACUGGAUUGACAGAAUUGGGCUGCCGGCUUUUCCAAUAAGUACGUUGUGCUUUCUGUGCUCAGCUCAGUUGUGAGCUGUUGUCAGUAUUUUGGGUGAUUAACAAUUGGCCACAUCCUGAUUUGUAUUUGUGAAACCUGCUUCAGGCACAACAUUUUUCCCAACUUUGUGUAUUCUUGAAAAUAUUUUUGCUGCUAAGUACCGUCUAAUGGCUGGAGUAAGCUGGUAAAGAGGGACUACACGCUGCUGAACAUGUUCAAAUCUUUUUUUCUGACACUUGUGCUAGUUUGUUGGUCGUCUGAGGAUUUUUAAAUUUAUACUGAUGCCUGUAUGACCAUUAAAAACAAAAGGGAAUUCAAUGGUGUGGAAGUUACAGAAGGAGUCACAGAUUUUGACAAUGAAAUUAGUGGAUUUUGCUUAAAUGUGGAUGUAAAUGAAGGCUGCAUGUUAUUGCUUACUAAUACCCCAGUAUUUUUUUCCUUACUAUCCUUUUCCAUAUCAGAAUAUAAAAAUGAAGGAAUUUAUACCCGAUAAAUGCAGGUUAAUUUUAAAGUUUAUUAAUAUGAUUACAACAUUUUAAUUUGGAUCUUUUGUCUGUUUUUUUUAUUUUAAAUCACACUCUUUCGACUUUUGCCACUUUGUCCAGCCCUCUGAAUGCAGCUCUGACACUUUAAAAGAGUACAUUUUAGAGCUAUGUCGCACAGACUCUGCAUGCACAGCAGUUAGCUCUGUAUGUUCUGCAUUAAUGCAAUGUCAGAUCAGUGUUUAUGACACACUAAUCCUGGACGAGGAAUUGCAUGACAUGUUUCAGGUCACAUGAUUGACACCGAGCAUCUUGUGAUAUGGUUAUUGUGCAUGUGCAUACGGCAACACUGAACCAUGCACAGCUCCUGGAUGGACUGUGUUUUUAGCAAGAUGCUAAAACCUGUGCACUGGAUGCUUUUGUGAAUUGCAUAUUUUAACUGCAUUUCAUUCAAAGCCCAGGUCUGUUUUUUUUUUUCUCAGCCCCGAUCAUCUAAAGUGAAAACGCAGUCGAUAUUCUCAACUGUAUUUUUGUGACUAAAAUUCCUGUCAACCUGUUUGUGUGACCUGUUUUUACUGUCUCUCUUCUUGAAAGUUACUUUAAUUGCAUGUAACCACAGACAGGGGGCGCUCUCUUAUGAGCUAACAUUGAGGAGACCAUGUGGCGAUUUUUUUCAUCAGAAAGCUCCAUGAAAACAGUUUGCUGUUCAGAAAUAACAGACCGUUCAUUGAGUAGUUACCACAGAUGUGUAGUUAAGUCUGUUGGGCUGUGUUUCUGUAAACACCUGGUUCACACAGGACGCCGAUGCUGGCGCCGGCGCGCACGGGCUUGGCUGUUCACACAUAAUGCGUUUUCUGCUGUGCUCUGACGCGCCGGUAAGACAUCGACUGAGCCCGGCAGUGCUCGGCUGUUUCCGUCUGCCCUCAGUUUUCCACACUUACAAGCGCUUUAAACAUGGGUAAGUCGAUAUUUAUUUAGGUUUUUAUUAUGUCAUACAUAAAUUAAAUAUUGGCAGCAUCGUCAAGUAUUGUUUUGAAUCAUUAUAUAGGGGUUAACAAUGAAUGAAUUGGGGAGUCCCCCUCCUUUGUCUCAAUAACAUCACUGAAUCUCUGCCGCGCUCCCUCCGUGUGUGUGUGUGUGUGUGUGUGUGUGUGUGUGUGUGUGUGUGUGUGUGUGUGUGUGCGUGUUCAUCGGGAAAAAAUAGACCGACAAGCAACACCGUAAAUCCUUUUUUUCUAAUUUAUUGAAAUUUAUUUUAUUUUGAAAAUUGACCAGAUUCUCUUGCAUCUCCUGUUCCCGACUUCCUGUCUGGUCCGAUCUGCUCUGUCUAGCUUUACAAUUGGCUCCCCUGCUCGCGCUGUGUGAACAGUCAGGCGCCGAUCCGAAACUCGGUGCAUGGCGCUUCCGCUUCCGCGCGCAGCGCUUCCUGUGUGAACCAGGCGUUAGGCUGUCUGUCAACAUACAAGUGAAAUCUCUGUUUCCUCUUAGAACGUUUGCAUGUUUGACCAACAUCUGUAUUCUAAUUGAGUGUGACUUUGUGGUUUUGUGUGUGUGUCUUUGUGUACUUACAGCGUGCUGUGGGAGCCCAUGGGGGAUGGCAAGCGUGUGAUUUCAUUGGCUGAUAACCACGCACUACUCUGGGACCUGCAGGAGAGCUCCACACAGGCCACAGUAAGACACACACACACACACACAGACACACACUGUACAGCUCAGCACAUGCACAACACACACACACACACCAUAUCUCACAAUAGCUAACUCAUUAUUUGAUAACAACCAUAUCGUCUUGGUGUUAUCAGACGCACACAUCCUCUCUGCAACAACAGCAGAGUGUCCACUGUUCUAUUCUAUCUCAUAUGCACACACACACACACACACACACACACACACACACACACACACAGAUACAUUCACAGUAUCUGCUUCUUCGCUGUGACCACUUUAACAUUAUUCUGGUGGAGUCUCUCCCUCGGUGAUAGUGAUAGUCUUGUUUCAUAAGUAAUAGAAAGGUCAUUUAACAUAUCUUUUUCCACUGUUCACUGCAGCAGUGCUGCCAUUAAGAUGCUGAGUGCUAUUAAAAAUGUAUGUGGGACACAGGGAAUCUCAUUCAGACUCAUGAUGGUUGAACAUCCUCUUCAUACUUACUCACAAAGCUGUUUGCAAUAGAAAGCAUUUAGGAUAAUAUCACAAAUGCAUGACUUUAUGAAGGUUUCUUGUACAAAAAAAGCUUCCAACUCGCGGGUCAAAGGUUCGAGAAUUACUGGGAGACGGUUUGCAGAGCUGAUACUGCACGCAGACUCCAUGACUUCAACAACUACUGCACAGGUACAUUGAAAAAACUAAGUUUUGAGCAGCACAUUAUCAGUUUGAGUGAACUUAUCAUGGUUAUGAAUGUUUACGAUAACAUCAUGCUGAGCAGCUCUUAGAUUGUUUAUGAAAAAAGUGAAAUAGUUCCUCAGCUCAGCUCAGCUCUUAAAUCACCUGUUUCAAUUACAGAGGCGACUCUGUUUUAUUUCAACUUUCUGUCUUUCAAAAAGUUAUGUUUCAAAAAGUUGACAUUGGGGCUGUCACAGUAUACCAGUAUUGACAGUAAUUAGCUCUUUAAUCAUUUUUUAUUAACAUACCACCAAAACACGAUGAAAGUGAUCUUGCAACACUCCAUAGGAAGAACUCUAUACCCUCUCUGCCCUUUCAAAAUACUCUGAAAAAACAUCAACAGUCCACAGAGGCUUCUUGCAUUUACUAAGGGGAAAACAGUUUCCUGAAUUACCAGGAUAGAUAUCUCAGAAUGUACACAGAAAUGUUUUUAGGGUUGUCACUAAUUAUCUUAACUUUGAGCCUUGAUUUUAACUUUGGGGUGAAAUUCAUUGAUAUUUAAACUGUAACGAGUGGUUCAAGCUCAUAAUAAUGCAGUAUAUCAGGGCGCCCAAAGUAGCUCCCUAAAUGAUCCAGCAGAGGGCAUGCUCGUUGUAACCUGACCAGUCUAUGCACUCUUGAUCUUAGUGAAUUGAUAUAGUAAUGUUAUUCUAUAUUCUAUAGUUUACCUUUAAGGCCUCCAAAACUUCACUUUUGAAAAUAGCGAAGGAGACCUGGAGGAUAAUCUGAAGAGUUUCAGCUUUUCUGUCAGCUGUAACAAAGUUUAACUUUGUUCAUUUUAACCCAAACCCAUAAGACUCACUUAAUAAAGAGUCCCUCUGUGAGAGAGAUAGAGAGCUGAGAUACACUUCAGAAAAGGAUCAAGAAUGUAAUAAUUACAGUAAUUUUGCUCAUUACUGGAUGACCUAUUGAUUGUAUUUUUUGUUCAACAUCUCAUACCCUAAAAUUGCUAAAAUAAUGUGAUCAAGAUACUUUUAAGUCUAGCUGAUGAUACUGCCAUCAGCAGCAAGAUUUGUCUCUAUGCAGAUAAAAUGUCACAGUUCACACAUAAACCCUUUAAAUACUCCUUCAUCAAACCUAAACCUCGUCAGGUCUUUUUUUGGUUGCUUGUCUGGAAAUGUGCCCUGCUUAUGUACAGCACAGCAUCAGCAAAAAAGGGGAGGUUAUCCACAGGGGGACCAAAAUCAACACAACCUUAAAGCGGACAUGAAACACACCACAUUGGUGGUAAAAAAAUCAAUUAGGAGAGAGUCUGAAAUAAUGUUUUGUGUAAAAAAUCAGCUGUUUAAUAGGAAAACCACUUUCAAGAGUGUAUUUAUGACAUGCGCACAGCGCCAUCUUGAGUUUACGACAGUUGUGACGUCACCGGUUGUGCAGGAACAGAGCGGUGAAAUAGUAAUUAGUGUACGUGACUCAAUCGCUUAGCGGUAAGAUGAUGGAGGACGAAUUUGAGUUAGAUGUGGUGGAGAGCUAUCCUGCCAACCCGAUGGGUUAUGCUUUUGAGCCGGUCAAAAAGAGACCAUGUAAGCGAGAAGCGGAGGAGGAGGAGGAGGCAGUAGCAACGUUACACACACGCACGCACACACAGAGCAGCGAUCUGAAGUAAACAUCGGUAUUAACUGUAUAAACCUAAUCACCAGAAUCUCUCUCAUUAACUCUGUCUCCUCUCAUCCACACAGUGUUCACAGUGUGUUCACAAAGCUACAGCUUUCACAGUCAGCUCAUCACACCACACCACAGUUUAACGGCAAUCUGAUAAAAAUAAAGGAGGAAACGUGACAACAAAAAAAUAUAAAAAGUCCUAAACUCUGUCCACCACACAUCCGAGCAGAGACAUAAUUGAUCAAACCUUCAGGAAGUAUUUCUUAGUUUCACUCUGGAGUCUAAAACAGUCAGCAUUAUCAGUCAUCCAGCUCCAACAGUAUGUAAAUCCACCGAUAUUAUUCCUGUUUACAUCCGUGGUCAGCGCGUUUCAUCCAUUCACAUUGUGUGAAAAAAAGUUUUAGCUUGCUUUAGCUUCGGGUGUCCUGAUAGAGACCGACAGCAGGAGCAUCACUGGACUUGGUACCGAGUCCAGACCACAGGUCCAGACAGGCCGUGACUGACUCACCGCGUCGGAACCGAGACGCGGUCCGUGUCCCAGUGGAAGAAGACCGGGAAAUAAACGACUGAGCCGGCCGACCAGAAACAGCGCUAACAUCUUUAAUUUUUCACACGAAUGGAUGAGACGCUGACCGCGAGGUUGUAAGCGGGAUUCAAACAGGACGUAAGCCACAUUAACAUAGGUGGAUUAUUAAACUGUUGGAGCUGGAUGACUGAUAAUGCUGACUGUUUUAGACACCAGAGUGAAGGUAAGACAUUUUUCCCUCCGUUAUUUAAUCUUAGAACUCCGUUGAACAGUGGAGACUCUGGUGAUGAAGUAAGUUACACUUAAUACUGAUGUUUACAUCUGAUCGCUGCUGCUGCUGCUGCUGCUGCAUGUGUGAGGAAGGAUCCUCGGUAUGUAGACGGGCUCAACUGCAUUGAACCACCUUUGGGGGGGCCCAGAUCGCAAAAGGUUUAGAACCCCUGCUUUGGUGUAUAUGUAACAGGUGGAUCCUGACGCUUCAUAGUUGCUAGCCAGUGUCGGAGAAUCACCGGCCGCUUCGGUGGCAAAUGAUGGAAAUGCAACAUUUUUUCAUUUCUUACGUUGUAAAAUUGGUUGGAGCAGCCUGGCGCAAAACAAAUACUCCUCCUCUAGAAAGUUUACUUGUCUAUGUCACGCGAGUGGCACUGCUUUACGAUUCCCCGCAGUGUUGUUAAAGUGGAACUUCUGUCACAGUUUUCUAGAAAUGUAGAUUUGUGAAGUCGAGAGGCAUUCUUAAAAAUAAUGAUAACUUGGGUCAGUGUUUCAUGUCCCCUUUAAACUUCCUUACAGGAGCUUUAAUCACACACAGCAGGAAAACUGAUCCACCUCAAUGGUAGUCUUUGGCAUGUCUCUUUUUUCUGUUAAUAGAUGUAAGAAGUGAAAAACAUCUUUAACUGAAAUGGACCUGUCUGCAGGAGCGUGGUCAUAUUAAACAUGAAAAAAGAACAAAAAUAAACUGUGCAGGAAAAGUUUUUCAGAGCCACACUCAUUUUCCAUUUAUUCAUCAUGUUUCUGUCUUGAGUACACAAUUAUGGAUUUAAAGAUAAUAAAAAGGAAAGUAACCGGUGUGUGUCUAAGUACUUUCGGUCAGUUCUUUUGUAGUUUUGUCCUUCCUAAUGCGAGGUGAAGAGGCUCUUCACUGUAAAUUCCCAGGCUCCAACCUGCAGGCUCUGCAAUUAAAAUGCCCAUUAUGUAUUUAAAGACUCAAGAUAAUGGUGUGUGUCAGGUGUGCAUGUGUGAAGGGAGAAAGUAAUAGAGUUGUGGAGUGUGUGUGUGUGUGUGUGUGUGUGUGUGUGUGUGUGUGUGUGUGUGUGUGUGUGUGUGUGUGUGUGUGUGUGUGUGUGUGUGUGUGUGUGUGUGUUGUUCCAUUAAAGGCCAUGAGGGAAAGAGAAUAUAGAUGGAUCAUUGGUAAUUCAUGUGCUCGUUGAGACACACACAGGGCAGGCAGGUCAUACCCCUUAUGCAUAUAUGUGUGUGUGCGUGCGCAUGUAUGUGUGUGUGUCAGUGCACAAAUGUGUGUUCAGUUGAUGUCAGUAAGCUGAUGCAUUGAAAAUCUGUAAUCUUAGUUUGCAUGAAUGCAUGCAGACACACUGUCAGACUCUCUCUAGUGUUCUCAGUGUGUGUCUAUAUGGAGACAUGUACCAUCAAUUAUUGAUUGCAUUCACACUAAGAAAGGUUGAUCUUAAAAUCCAUCUGCCAUGAUUUGAAACGUUGUGCUGUAUAUGCCUCUGAAUUAUGUGCCAACUCUGUGGGCAUGUGUAGCUAGCUGAGUUUGACCGGUUGAUGAGAUUUUGCAAAGAUUUAGACUCCAUACUUUAUUUUUAGGAGUUUUGAUCGACACAGUGCAAAUGCUAAAAACAGUGUCUCUUUUACAGAUUUGCAACGUUCAUUUUUACAGUAGGAGAGUUUGGUCUUCUUUACGUCAUUAAUUUGUCAAUGAAUGUUGUGCAACUUAUCUUUCGGCUUAAAGCCCCACGUGAACACUGGAGAGUGCGCUUCUCAGCACAAUAAGCCAGCAAGAAAAACCGCCAAAUAUCUGAUGUUUCCAAACAUUUUAUUGUAUCUCUUUCAUCACACAAAUCUCAGUUAAGCAAAGAUUUCUCUGUUGAUCCAUUUGCUGGAGUUUUUUCCCUGUUUUUACUGAUUUCAAGAGCUUUUGGCAACUGUUAUUUCUGCAAUAUUUACAGCAUGAGUUUAAAAUGGCAGUUGGUGGUGCUAGAUCAGCUCUUGUCUUAGACCAGUAGGUAUACAUACAGCACUUACCUCAUUAAAAGUUCCUCCUUUGCUAUGUUUGUACUAGGGCCUGACUGAAAUGGAUUUUUGGGGGCCGAUGCCGAUACCAAUUAUUACCGAUUAAUCUGCUAAUUUUUAAAAAAAUUUAUGAAGUUAUAAAAAGUAUAUAUACUGUAGAUAGCUAAAGUAUAUAUACUGUAGAUAUACUGUAGACUACUGCUCUUCACGCCGACAGGAAGACAGACUGAUCAUGUAAUGUGUACUGUUUAUUCUACAGUUACUGGCUAAUAGCAGAUGGCUAACUCUAACUUUAGCUUGCAUAUUACAUGGUGCUUAACCAUUUACUCGGCGUGACCGAGACCAGCACAGCGGGAAACAUCGUGAAGUGGGUUGAACUGAAACUUGUUGACUUAUUGUCUACUUCACAAACUAGUUUAUUUACCAUUAAGACGGACCACUCUCCUCCGUGCAUCCCUGAGCUGCCUGCUUCAGAUCCAUCACUCUGCUGUGCUGUGAGGUAGUUAGUGGAUGAGGAUUGUCAUGAGGUCGCUGCACCAUCUACAGGAUAAGUCGGGGAACUUUUCAAAUGGUGGAACAUUUUUGAAGUGAAUCUUAUUCUCCGCAUUUUAUUUCUGAAAAUAUUGGCGAAAAUCGGUGAGUUUUGGCCAAUUACCGAUUAGUCUCAAACGGGGUAAAAUUGGCUGAUUUAAUCGACUCGCCGAUAAACCGGUCAGGCCCUUGUUUGUACCUAAUCCAAGUGUGUGCGUUAGUGGAUUGGAAUGCUCAUGAGAAAGCUAAUUAUAAUAUUCUUUCAUCAUGACCCCAAAGACAUUAAUGUUCGAGAGCAGAAUAGCUCCUAUAUGACCUGCUUCUAUUACACCGGCAACGUUUGGCUGCAAGCUAAGGUGAAGAGGAGUGUGCAGAGCAGUGCUGUCUCCGCCUACCACUCAGAGGCGAAUUGCUAAUGAGCUACUGGAGCUCUGCAGAAGAAAAGCCCUUGAAAAUGACACAGGUAACGUGAUUUUGGCUGAGAACUUCAUAAUCACAAUGUAAAGACCACUGAGAAAACUUGUAGUUAAAAUAAAACGAUCAGAGUGGGACUUUAACAGAGUGAGGAUGUGAAGCUCAUCAGCCCCCUGACUGACCUGUUUGUUGCUGAUGCUCCUGAAAGAAAGCAGCAUAAAUAAAGAAUUGCAUAGAGGUAUGUUAUGUUCCUGGGUGACUGGAAAGUCAGCCAUCUUUGUUUCUGUUGAACAUCGCCUUGGACCAACAUUUGUUCCGACUUUGCCUUGUGGAUACUGAUAUUAGCUUGAAGCUAGUGUUGUCCCAUCUGUGUUGUGUGUUGACAGUUUCGAUGUCUUAUGGCAAAGGGAAGUGAGGAAAAGUUUUUGCGACUACUUAAAAAUGUGUUUAAUUAAUUACUACAUGCACACAGACCUUCCCUUUAGGCUACAUAUGCAUCAUAUGUUGAGCAUCCUUGAGAAUCUGUGAUGGGAAUGUACAUUUUACAUAAUUCAUACGUACAUUUAUGAAUAUUACAAACACCUUUACACAUCAUGAGCUGUCAUGUUCACUGCAAAGUAGGAAUUUUUGUGGGAGAAAGCUGCUCUUGAAAUCUGCAGUUAGGUGUUGGCUGCAUUAUUUACUGACACACACUAUAUAAGAAUUAACCGAAAUGAUUGAAUGUGUGUUUCCCUGAUGAGCCUCACCUUAUGAUUCAUACAUGGUGACUUUAAUACCAGUGAUAAAUAACAGUUAUAAAAGAAGUUAGCAAUGAAAAAGCAGCAUGUGCUUUUUAAAUUCAACAAAAAUUAAAGGGAAGGGCCAGCACGAAACAGUCUUUACAGAGGCACAGACUUAUCACAGUGCUCCCUGUGGGAUCACCAGCAUUGACUUAAGGAUGAACAAAGGAAACACAAAACACACACUUCCUGUUGUAGAGGGACUUAAAGGGAUAUUUCAGCAUUUUUGAAUUGAGCUUAUGAGAUAUGCCACGAGUAACACAAAGGAUGAUGGUCAGCUCUGCUUCUUUACACAGACAUUACUUGGAGAAACAUGAUGCAAAGUAGUUGACUAUUACCAGCCAACUCCAUCUCAUAAUUCAGUUAAUUUUAUGAAGAAACGUAAAGAGAGCUGAUCCUGACUCAUGUUAAAACCAUGUCAAAAGGCAGGUGAUCAACAAGAUGAUAACCGAGGACCCAAAAGAAACAUGUCAUGAUGCUGAGCUUCACUGGGAAACCUGUUUUGUAUAUUUCUUUGCAGCUCUACAAAAGUAUCUAUAUACAAAAGUAGCUACCAUACUUAAGUUUGAUUGUAGUGUCCAGUCUAAUAGGUUUGAAAAGGUAGAGUAGCUGGAUCAAAAGUUAUCCUUAGAGAUUUAAGACUAUUUAAAACACCAGCUCAACAACCUGAUAAUGAAGCCCCUGUAUCUAUAAUGCAUGUUCUGCUUGUAAUCAACCCCGUGUCUGUUUGUGUGUCUUGGGCUGUGACCCCUCUGUGAGGUCGAGAAGGGAACACAGAAUUGAGGGUUCAGUGAGUCAAUCAUCUAGAUGACACUGUGAAGAAAUCAUGCAUCAGGGGAGGAGAAAAGGAGGAAAGUAAUGGAGGGAAAGAGGUAUAACGAGGAAGAAAAGAUGGAGGAAAGAUGGAGAAAAGUGGAGGGGAUGGAGGGUUUGACUGAUUAGAAAGAUGGAGAUUAGGGGGGAGGAAGAGGGAGAGACAGAAAAGGACAGAGAGUGGGCUUGAUGAGGAAAGAGGGAAUGAAAAAGAGGAGAAAGAGCUUGGCAGCCAAGACGAAUUCCUCCAGUGCUGAUGAGAAUGCUAAUCUCCCUCCCUCCCUCUCUCCCUCUCUCCCUCCGUCACUCCCUCCCUCCUUUCAUCCCACUCUCCUCUCUCUCUUUCUCUUGUUCCUUCUAUCUGUCAGAGGCUGAUGUGUUCAUCUCAAGCCGUGUCCAGCUGCAGUGUGAAUGCAUCUCUCUCUCUCUCUCUCUCUCUCAAGGGCCAGGCUGAGAUUAGUGUGCAUGCAUUCAGUGUGGGUGUUUGCACGAGUGUGUGUAUGCAUAUAUAAGAGAGGAUCAUGUACAUAAGCGUACCACUGUGCAUUGUUUGAAGGGAGAUUUGUGUGUGUGUGUGUGUGUGUGUGUGUGUGUGUGUGUGUGUGUGUGUGUGUGUGUGUGUGUGUGUGUGUGUGUGUGUGUGUGUGUGUGUGUGUGUGUGUGUGUGUGUGUGUGUGUGUGUGCGCAUGGCUCAUCAAUUAAAAUCGCUUGUGGAAUUGACUGAGAACAUCUCCGCCGGCUCACAGCACACCCACAUACCUUGUCCUGCACAUCUGCUCUCACACACACACACACACACACACACACACACACACACACACACACACACACACACACACACACACUAUCUCUCUCUCUCUCUCAUCCGGAGUCUAGAGAAGGCAUAAAUGCAAGGCGAUUUGACAGAUAGCUUUGCAUUAGUGCUGCUUGUGUCCUAAAUGAAUAUGUCCCCAAGUGUUGUGUGUACUGCCUUGUUAGGGCCCCUAAUUUGGUUAGUGCACUAAUAAAGCUGGGAACCUGGGAUGCACGGAGCUCCAACUCUGCUGUACAGAGUCUGCAGAGGGGGAUGGUUGUUGAGCAGCAAGUUAGCAGAGCUUCUUUUCGGUCAUGAGAUAGUCAGAGAACUUGAUCAGGUCUUUGUGAACUUCUGCAUCAUUUCCCACUGGAAAAAUGACGCUCAGGCUGUUUGAUUCUUGGUCCAAAGAUGAUUUUGCAAUUGAUUGUGUUGAUUCUCCAUUUUAGAAGCACAGUUCCACUUGAAAUCUGAAGGUGUCCCUCUGGAGAAAUCUUACAAGCACAUUAGAAUAGAAGAUUUAUUUCAAAGCACCAGUAUCACUUUGUGAACCAGUGGCAGCUCGGUUUGCAGUCCUCCAAGCCUCGCCUUAUAGCAGCAGAGAAACUAAAGUGUAUUCAACACAAACUGAAGUUAUUAUUUUUAGUAAAGAUUUUAAAUAUCGAGAUUCAGUGUUUUGGAGAGGAGGUAACCCUUGCAGAAAUUUUCACUCUCUAUUAAAACCUUACAAACUGUUUCUUCUCAAUUCACACUUCUCAUUGGUUUUCAUAACAGGGUCAGAGCUGGACAGAGUACUUGACCCCAGUACUUGAGAAAGAGUACAAAUACUCCUGGUCAAAAUUUACUCCGCUACAAGUAAGAGUAGCCCAGUCAAUACGUUACUCGAGUAAGAGUAAAAAAGUACUUGCUUUUAAAUGUACUUAAGUAUUCAAGAGUAAGUAAGAGUUAUAGUAAAUUCAAAUUUUUUCACAUGAAUUACUGUCAUUUUACAAUUUUAUUGAUAGUACCUUGUAACUCUUGUUUCAGAGAACUAACUCUUCGAAACCUCCUGCACUGAUGUGCUUGCCUGUAGAACCAUUAUGUUGUACUGUACCAAGCCUGCACAAACAUCUAUAAAAAUGGAAAUAAAAUGAAUGUGAUCAUCAAAAAGGACACACACACACACACACACACACACACACACACACACACACACACACACACACACACACACACACAUACAUUGUACUUUUUCUUGUCUGUGUCCACGUUUUUCUUAUUUACCCCUGCAAACUGGAACACAGCUUUCAGAUAAGGCCAUGGGUUUUCUUCAGGUUCCUCCACCUCAUUCAACUCCGGCUCAUCAUGUUCAGACUCUGAACCUGAGGAUUCAACGUAGCGUUCUUCUCCUGCCACCGCCAUUGCCACCGCGGUCUUGUUUUGAGCUGAUAAACAAGAGAGCGCGUAUUUCUGCUUGUACGUACAUCCCAGUGAAGAACGUGUUCUGUGAUAGGUUUCCUUCUUUGACGAGCACUACGUGUGGCCAAUUGCGUUUUAGGGAAAGGAAAAAAAACAGGGAACCUAAAAGUAACGAGUCCUCGAGCCUUCUCAGAAAUUUACUCGAGUAAGAGUAAAAAUCUUUACCUUGGAAAUGUAUUUGAGUAAGAAUAAUAAGUUUCAAAGAAUUCUAGUAUUUGAGUAAAGUACAAAUCCUCAGAAUCUGUACUUAAGUACAUUAUUUAAGUAAAUUUACUCUGUUACUGUCCACCAUUGAGCAGGGUCAAAUAGAUUUGAAGAAAUCGAGACUUCUGUGGAUAUUUGGAAUUUUGGCAAAAACCUUUUGAACAAUGAGCAUCAAAGGAAUUUCAACUGAAAUAAAAGCUGGGUCCUGAAAAAAUACUUGUCUGUUACUGAGCUUGCAGCGCCCCCCAGAACCUGGUCAAAAGGUGUCGAAGAAACCCUAGUUUUGAACUGUUGGAGAGUUUCAGAAAGUGGACUCUCGGUGGGAUGGUCCAGCUUUUAGGGAAACAUUUUGGACAAUAGAUAUUUGAAGAAUACCAAACUGAGAGCCAAAAAACUCAGCUCAGCUAGCAGCCCCCAAAGGCAGCCAAAGAAGAUCAGAUAAACACAGUAUUCAUCUGGGGAGGCUUGUCUAUUCAUCCUUUUUUGAGUGGAUGAGACUAGUUCUAUUAAAAAAACCUUCUGACCAACUAACACGAAAGAAGCUGGGCGCCAGCACUUGAGUGUCAGGGGCAGCAAGCUGAGCUGCAGCUCUGCUUUGUGAUGCACAUUCAUUGUUUAGAGGGUUUUAAGUGCUCAGUCUGUUAGAUUUGGAGUGAACACAAACCAAGCUAUGCAACAAAAACCGAGCUAGCUGCAACUCAGUUCGCAGCGUCUGACACAUGGCGAAAGUGCAUUAAGACACUCUAGAUGUUUCACCUACGUAUUCUGUGUUCAGUGAUUUGCUGUUUUGAAUUACAGGUCAGCGAGUAAUUUAAAAAAAAUUCACUUAGUCAUAUUUGUCCACAGAAAAGGGGUCAGAAGUGUUUUAAAUGUAAAGCAGAAGAAAUAGCUUACUUUCCAAACUCCACAAACUGUGGUAAUAUGAAAAAAUUGAUUAUCUAAUAAUUGACAUCAAGUCCUCAGUGGAAAUCUUGUUUUCUCCUUGUCCCAGUUUUUCUGUCCCCUCUCUCUGCCACCUGUCCUCAGCUUCUUUCUUUUUACUCCUUUUCUUUUUUUCUUUAUUUCUCUCUUCUCCUGCAUCCCUGUUGCUUGGCCUCUCUCUCUCUCUCUCUCACUCUCUCUCUCUCUCUCUCUCUCUCUCCCUCACUCUCUUAUUCACACACACACACACACACACUCUCUCUCUCUCUCUGUCCUCUCCAGCUGAAAUAAUGAGAGUGUACCAGGGAGCUGUGUGGUGACGGGGCGAUCGAUGAUCCUUGCUCCAACAGGCAGAGAUGAGGGAGAGGGGAAGGAGGGAGGGAGGAAGAAAUGGGAGAAGGAGAAAGAUGAGGAUAAAAACCUGCAGAUAGUCAGAGAGCAGAGAAAAAUGGAGCAGCGUGAUGCUGCUUUUUAGAAAUGUUAGAUUUACCAAAGUUAAAGGGAGAGAUAACCGUUUCAAAGCCGGCCUGCUGAAUUAAUUGGAUUUCAUUUUUUUAAGUAGCCUGAUGAAGUGAUAUGCUUAGUAAUUCAAAUUCCUUGAAGUGUUUUGACUUUGAUUAAUUUCACCUUCAUUGUUGCCCUGUGAAAUGUAUGUACUGUGUUUGAUAAAUAUCCAAUGACAGCGUGUCAUCUUGUUUGAAAGCCUUAUAUGUUCAAACUUCACCUGAAAGCUGCUCUGAUUCUAGGAUUUUGUUUAGUUCAAUGUCUUUGUUGUUGACGCCUGAGUUAUUCGGAUCAAAUGAAUGACAACAUAUCCAGGUUAGUGGGAUUCGGCUUCGAACAGCGAUUUGUCUUAAAUCUUUUAAAUGCUGAUCUUUGACUCAACAGUUGAUCCGUAACUUACACUGAGCGAUUUAGUGUCCAGGUCCUCUCUGUGGGACUAAGGAGAGAAGGGGUCAGCAAAUCUGCUGACUGAACAGCAGGUUUAAGGACACAGAUUUACUUUGAUUCCCCCAAACCACAAACUGGCAGUUCAGGUUGUUUAGCUCCUGAUAUACUGAUGAUGAUGAUGUGCAAGGACAUCAGUCUGUGGGGCAAAAGCAAAAGCAUUUUCCAAGUUGAAUAAAGACAUGCAUGUACAACAUUGUUAAAUUUAAUCUGCUUUUGUGGAUACAGCCACCAAAUGUGUUCAAUGACAGUUGGCGUUGGACAUGUUUUGUUGCCCAUGCAGUGAUUUUCACUUCAGAGUCAUGUCUGUUUUCAAUUCAACAUCACAAGAGGGCCUAAAGAUCACGGCCAUUAGGAACUGGUUUUGGGCUUUGUCCCUUUUCUACUGAGAAUUCUUCAAAUUUGUUGAUGGCAUUUUCUACUGUAGGUGAUAAAUUCCUGAAAUUCUUUGCCAAAGAAUAUUAUUCUGAAAAUGUUGAACUAUUUUCUUACCUAGUGUCACAUAAAGGAGUGUAGUUCUUCCCGUCUUUACUUGACUGGAGGCCCUUUUUUGGAAUUCAGUCAUGCUAGUAAAAAAAUUAGUUUGGAGAUGUUCCCAGAGUGCUUUUUUAUUUUUAUUUUUAUUUUUUUUUUACACUUAUGUUAGAUUUUUGAGAUUUCUUCAACAGUUUUGAAACCUUUUGCUAGCAUCAAAUGUGAAACAAGAUUAUAUCUUAAAUAUGCAAUGUGCUUUUUUUUGGUUGAAAUAUUUAAUAUGCUUCCUGCAUUGAUUUUAAUUGAAGCUCCUGUGGAGGAACUUUCAGUUUGUGUCAAGUGUGGUGCUCCCUGUGGAUAGAACAGUCUUAUAUGGUCCUCCCCAUGCUAAACAAGUGUUCUUGAAUGAACUUCCUCAUCCUGCGGUUUCUUUAGCUGCUGGGCUGACACUUAACCCCUCACACUGAUUUGAGAGAUUAAAAACUAUCGUGAAAAAUUAGUCAGUCUUGUCACUGAUGGUCUUGUUUGCUUUUGUACAUGACAAAAAUGUAUCAGUGAAAAAUGAAACAGGCUCCCUUUGCCCACAGUCAGCAGUUUCCUGUAGCUACAGUUUGCUAGAGAUAGCAGCAAAGAAAUUAUGACAAAACUAACACUAUAAACAAAGUGUCUGGAUUAAGAAUUCCCUCUCAUUGUCAGGCUUAUAUUUAUUUUGUCAGAGCUUCUUUGGUCUUGUGUUCGGUCCUUGGUAUCUGCUUUCUUUUAUUAUAGGCGGUCCUUUUUUUUUGUUACAUGCUACGACAGCGGGGUAGAGGUGGUUUGUUUAAGAGUAACCCCCUUUCACAUGUUAAUCAAUGAACUAAUAGUUUUGUAUUCAGUCUAAACUGAAACUGACCAGUCUGCAAAUUUAGAUGUAUCUGUGAGAGUGUACAUGUUUGAGCACGCUGUAAAUCUGCAGGCAGUUGUGUGUGGUGUGCCAAUAAUGCCCAAAAUAUUAACAGAGUCCCACAAAAGGAUUGUAAUCUGGUGUGCAGCCUGCAGAGAAAAUGACUCCUAAUAACGCCUCAUUAUGCUGAUUGAAUGCACUGCAUUGCCUGAACCUGUCACAGAUAUUUAGAUGAAAUUCAUGUCCCUGUACAGAAAUGCUUAUGAAGAUAUUGCUGCCCUCUGCAGGUCUCCAGCACGGCCACCCUGGAGGGCAAAGGUCAGCUGAAGUUCACGUCGGGGAAGUGGAGCCCACAUCACAACUGCAGCCAGCUUGCCACUGCCAACGACACGGCCAUACGAGGCUGGGACCUUCGCACAAUGAGGUGGGCUGAUGAGGGCUAAUGUGAAAAACAAACCCAGUAUGUUCUGCAUACAUACAGUAUGUUGUUUAGUUUAUUUGCGUCAUAUAUUCCAGCAGCAGCAGUCUUUGUGUAUUCAGGUGAGGAACAAGGAGAGCAAAAACAAGCAGACAGCACAUCAACAGAAAGCAGACAAGCUUUGCUAUUGUUUGAACAAAAGAUCAAAUGUCUAGUUGAGCAAGAAGCCUGCUGGACUCUGUUGUGAAAUCUAAUUGGCAGGUAGAGGCAGGUAUUUUUCCUCUUAAGGACGGACCUGAAAAAGCUUGACUUUAUACUUUCUACAAAUCUGCAACAAUGUUCAGUCAGCAAACUUAACACUCAUUGAUUUAAGCCAAAUUACAAAAAAAAUCUGACUUUUUUACAGGCUCAUCUCACUGAUGUGAGCCACUGUGAGGCCUUCGUGCAAUGGUUCUGGCUCCUGUUGAACACCAGACAUAAACACCAGAAUGUAAAAAAAAACAGACUACUUUUGGCAGUGUUACCCAUUGGUGUCUGAAGCAGAGUUUUGAACCCAUUGACAGUGGCCUCCAUGUUGGGGGAGCUGACCCAAACUAAUUUUUGGUCGACACACAGUACUCUUGGAGAUGAAGCAAAGGCCUUAAGCAAAUAGCUACAUGUGGCUGCUCGUCAGUCAAGUCAGCUGUGCUCUUAAUAAUGCAAAACCUGUAACCUUAAUAUCCUCAAAACUAAGGAGCUAGGGGAAAAAUGACCCCAUGUUGGAGAUGUUUUUAAGUUAAAACAGUUAAACCUCUGCAACAGUUCAUCUGACUUAAUUGUUUUUGAUUGUUAAGCACUUCAACUUUGAAAAGUGCUCUAUUAAAGAAAAAAAUAUUACUAUUAUUGUUACGUAUAUUAUUAUUAUUGUCACUAAUAUUGCUGUUAGGAUGGGCUUUUUAGCACGGGUGUGUCUGUGGCUUCCUGUGCUUUUGGAGCCAGCCCCCGGUGGACACUAGAGGAACUGCAGUUUUUAGCACUUUCACAUUGGUGUAUUGCUACUUGAUGUAAAUGCAGUACUGACAGGGAGUUUUUUUAAUGCCAACCCUUAUCUACCUCAGAGUUCCUGAAAAGUUGGCAUCUGUUCAUAGAGGUGCAACUGUCAAAGGGUCUGAGAUGAGAGCACAGUAGAUACUCUGGACCAGCAGGUAGCUCCUGAGAGUUGUUCUGAAAUAAUUCUGCACAAACAUAUCUUGAUCGAAAAAUAAUAACUGUUUGCAUUUUUGAUUCUUCAACUUAGAUUAUCUUUCUUGUGGUCUUGUCGUACUUUUCUGGAUGGAUUCAUCACAUUACGUUAUGAACAGUUUAGAGCUGGGGGAUUUGUGCAGGUUGUUAUGACCUCUGCCAAAAGAGCUUCGCAAAAUUUUAGUCGUAAUAGCAAGCAGUUAAAAAAUAGCAAAAGCAAAACAAAAAAAGAGUUGCAGGAUAAAAAGUCUGGACAGAGCUUAGGAGAGUGAAGAAGUUAAAGAUACUGCGGGAAUGUUUUGUACCAAUAUGUGCGUGAUGAUUUCUUUCUUUCCUUUUUUAUAUAAUCCAGACACAUUGCAGUAUUGUCGUCAUAAGACUGUUUUAAUGACAAAAAAAAUAAAUAAAUUGAAAUGUGGAUGUCAAGAUCUUAAAAAGUACAAACAACAACACACACACACACACACACACACACACACACACACAAAGUGCAACAACACCGUCAAAAAAAAUGUUAUCACAGAUUUCUUGUUGUUAAAUGGUCGCUGUUUCAGGGUAUCACACUUUUUCUGUAAUCUUAAGAUGUACAGACGCUUGAGUUGAAACCACAUUUGCUCAAUAAUCUUGUGUCUGCCAAUGAGCCUGUACAGGUAGUGUGUAAGGUCUGAGGAAAAGCCCCUGAAAUCCAGUCACUACAUGCUUUAUCCGUCAGUUGUAUCUCAUUGACUCACAAGAUCAGACAAACUAAGGACAGGUAGUGACAGAUUUUGUUAGGCACUUCGAUAACAAACACACAUGACUCGUUUACAUGUAAUCUAGUAGCUUAGCUACGGAUGGGCAUCCUGAUGGAUCAUAGUUAGGGCUGGGCGAUAAGACAAAAACAAUACAUAUCGAAAAUUAAUUUCCCUCAAUAUUGAUAUAAAACAUGGUCAGUAUCCUUUUUGAUAGUCGGCAUUCUGUCAUGUUUUGGUAGACUAUACAAAUAGCUAAUGAAAACGGGAGUUGCUCUGAGUCUGCUUCACUGCUUCGCGCUGAACCAAUCGUGCUGAAUUAGAACCAAGUAGAGAACAACUGCGUAGUAAAAGAAAAUGAGUGGUACCCCAUCAGAAAUGCAGAUGAAGGCUCAACAGAUGAUAACAUCGUUGACAACACUGGCACAAAAACAUUGGUGGUGUGGAGGUAUUUUGUUUUUUUUAAGGUUGGACUUGAAGCAGAGUAAUGUGCACUGCAAAUUAUGUUGAGUACAUGUUCUCCUAAAAUCAGGGAAUACCUCAAAUCUUUUUCACCUUCUGAAGCAGUGCCUCACGGCAGAGCACGCACAAUCCAAAAGGUUACAAACCCUGAGUGAAGCAAGGAGCCUGUGGCGCCUGUGCAGCCAUGUGCUGCAGUAGCUUAUUGUAUUGCAAAAGACAUGCUACCAAUAAGCAAUGUUAAAUUUUAUUUUUUAUAUCGUGAUAUAUAUCGAUAUCGACUGAUAUGAAAAAAAUAUAUUAUGAUAAACUUUUUCACAUAUCGCCCAGCCCUACUCAUAGUCAUGCACUUGAUAACUUUUUACUGAUCCUGUUGUGUUUGUGGACAGGAGGCUGUAACAUUACCCAUGAUGUGGCUUUCAUACUGACAUUGCUGGUGGUUCAUGUGUCCUGCUAAUGUGAACUUUGUGUUGCAGGUCCUAAUAAGAAAGACUGUCUGUAGGGAGAGUUAGGCCCACCUGAUUUUCUCUAUUAAUCCGGCCUUCACCUCUGGUUCAAAGUUUAAUUUUAUCUGCAUCAUCAGCCUUUUGACAGAAACUACUUCAGAGCAGAGAUUACCUCAUCAUGCAAUGGUUUUAUUUCCACAUAUUUACAGAUGGCCUUUAUUGUAAAAACAUGCUUUUAUUAUGAAAUGAAUGUCCAUACUACUUCUGGUAGAUUAUGAGUUAUGGGGCUGAAUGUAAAGAUGUGAGGCUCCACUGUCAAAAGAGUGAAUGAAUCAUAACCACAUUAUUACAGUCAUGAACUGUGACUGUUGGUCUCGGACCCUGUCUGCUGUCAGAUCUUUUGCUUCAUACUUUUGUAUUUCUAAUUUGUUUAAUUUUUGGAGUUUAGCACAAGCAUUUAGGGUCCUGGCUUUUGUUCAACUCUCCCUACUCUUGUGCAGAACAAACAGGAUGUGGUCUAUGAUUGACUUGAAGUUUUAAACUCUUUAAAGGGAUAUUCCAGUAUUCCGGAGGUGUCUAACUCGGUGUUGGGGUGUGUUUGACCCAAACUUAAUUUUACGCCAAAAAAUCCCUUUGAUGGUAAACAGAGGACUUUUCUUUCCACUCAAAUCUUAGCCGCUAAAUGCUUCAAACUGAAGUAUUUUAAGAAACAUAUGGAGGUCUGUUUACUCAAGGUGGAUGCACCCUGGGUUUGUCACAAUAUUUUGCAGAACAUGCAUAAAAGUGGAGGCAAAUUACCAGCUUUUUUGUUUUCUUGAAAGUUGGGCAAGGUUUGAUUUUUUCUCUGUACAUAUGUCUCCACAGUGAGAGAUUGUCGGUUCAGCCCCAGUCUGCAGCAAUAACAGUAAACCUCCUUGCCUUCUUUGCAUAUUUCCAACACAUUUUGUUUGUAGUCCUGUUCCUCUUCAUGACUGUAUUGAACAUCAGCUUCUCUGCAGCUCAUGAUGAAGUGUGAGGCAGCAGACCUACCUGCUUGACAUGGAGCAUGUGCACCACCACACAUUAACCUUGUAACUACAGGUUAUCAGCUUCCCACCUCAAAACCUCCAUCCAUGUGUGUGUGCUGUGCGUGUGCGUGUGUGUGUGUGUGUAUUGUUUGUGUGAUGAGUGAGGUCAGUGUGUGUGCAUGUGCUGGAAUACUAAUCACUUUUCCAUCCAUUCCUGCGAUAACAGGAACGUGCUGAAGAGAUUGAGAGGGGUUCUAGCUGGAGGAGAGGGAGACUGUAUUCACAGAUGUGUAUCACGGGCUCAGAUAAGAUAGCUGAAUCAUUGAUACCACUUCUUGUCAGCCUCAGAACAAAUUACAGAGUUCCUGCAUGCUACACUUUGGCCAUGCGUCCUCCCGCUGUGCUAUUUUGAAAGAUGCAACAGUGCUGAUUUAGCUGCCGGCACAAAGGGAAGGAGGGGGCGUCAGCACAGACCACUGUCUCAUUUCUCAAAUCACAGUGCACUGAAAGAUAAACCGUGUAUUAUUUUAAACACAUUUCUCCAAAAUUGAGCUUGUAUCUCAGAAAACUCUUGGGUCUCGACGGCGAUUGAAAAGGAGUCUUGAAUUUUGCACAUUUUUAUGUCUUCAAUAAAAUAACAUUUCUAUAAAUGUCAAAGAAUUUGGAGAUUUCAACAUUAAUGGUUCAAAAAGCCAUAAGUGGAUUGAAUUGGAGUAAUCUCAGGCAGCAAUACAUUACAACAGACUCUGUAGUGGAAGUCACGUUAUAGGCAUGCAGAUUAACACUGUACCAAAGAGGAAACCGUGGACGAUCAGUAUCACGAUCCAGAAGUGCCAGUAGUUUUCCUGUACCUGAGCAGGUUUGAGAUGGACUUAGGGAGCAGUAGAAAGCUGUCCUACAGUCUGACAAAUCAGAAUUUGACAUUCUUCAUGAAAAUCAUGGACACCCUAUCAUCUGCUCCAAAGAGGGGAGGGACCACUUAAUAUGUUAUCAGCACAACAACACUGGUACUUUCCGCAUGUCUGUGAAGGCUCUGUUAAUGCUGAACAACAUAUACAGGUAUAGGAGCAACAUCUGCUGCCCUCUUGACAAAGACCUUCAUUGUUCAGCAAGACAAUGACAAACCACAUUCUGACAACAGGGAUUACAACAGCAUGGCUCUGUAGGAGAAGAGUCCUGCUGAGAAACUGGUCUGUCUGCAGUCCUGACUUGUUCCCAGGGCUGUUGGCUGGCUGGCCGGUCGCCACUCGCCAUAUGCGACUAAAAUACCCCCCUUACGACUUAAUUUUGGAAGACUACAUGCCACGGGGCCUGUAGAUGUUUAUCCAGAUACUCAUGCAAUAAAAUAUGCACAAUGUGUCACAAAGCGUAGCUAUAAAAUUAUGAAUAACGACGGUAGAUAACGUUAGCAGUUACUGAUUUGUUAUGUGUCACACUGAAGUGGGACUCAGCUGAACUAUUUUUUAGGCUGAGCUGUUUCUGUGUGACACAACAAAUCUGCUUAGGUUACCAACACUACGCGCAGUUUGAGUCGAGAUGUAGCAACACAUACUGACAGUCAGUGAUCCGACAAAAAAAACAAAAAGGGACGGAUGAAAAAGAUGUUAAAGAAGGGGAAACGUCGGCGAAAAAAGUGAGGAACUUCAACGAGAAGUGUAAGAUUAAAAAUAAAUCCUGGCUGCAACAUGAGGAUGCCGUGGGUACAAUGUUUUUUACCCUUUUACUUAAAAAUCUGCAGAUUUAGUGGGAGUGGUCUUACAUGCGGGGGGCCUUUUUCGCUUGUUCCUGCACACCAUGAUGAGAGACGCCUUUUAACAGUGGAAACACGUCAUACCUGUCAACACUCCCGUUUUUCCCGGGACUCUCACGUAUUUCAGACCUAUCUCCCACCCACCUCCAGUAUUGUCAUUUCUCCCGGGAAUCUCCCGUAGUUUGCACGGUCCAUGUUCAUUCUUAAAUCAGGUUACUAUAUUUGUCCAAAGUUUCCAGACAGCCUAAGACAGUCCUGUGUUUCUGCUGAGCCUCACAGUUACUGGAUUGAUACUUUCACUUUACAAAUAGGGAUGAUUCAAGUCGGUUUGAGCUGUAAACUUCAUUUAAGCAGUGUUUGUUCAAAAUGAACACUUUACUGGAAGGAAAACAAACGUAAGAUAUAAUAUUUACGUUGAUAGUCUUGCACCGUCUUGGAGUGAUAUGUUCAGGGCAGCCUCAGAUAAAAGAGUGUUGUAUUGCUCGCACAGAUGUUCUGAAAGCCUCAUAUGGGAUAGCAUGUAAAACAUAUGAGGACUCUAACACUAAUAUUAGUGAACUAAAUAAGUUCAAGGCAUAUCACAGCUAUUUUUUAUUAUUUGUUAUUGUUAAAACAAAAAAGUGUGCAGCUUCACUUAUACUUAUUUGGAUGAGCAAUCUCAUUACAAAUACUCUCAUUAUUAGCUCAUAUCCACCAUACAUUGGUAACCCCACGGCGUGCGCCGUAAAAAUCUCCCAGAUUUUAUAACCCAAAUGUUGACAGGUAUGGAACACAUGUGUAUAUGAGUGUGUGUGGAUACCAAGUAUGAGUGUGUGUGUGUGAGUGCCGGCCAAUGGUGUGUUCUGCGCUGAGUUAAACAUCCCAUCAGAACAUGUUGAUUUUGAUAAGACAUCUUAAAUAUGUUUUACAUCAUGUGAAAAAUUACGAUUGGCUCAGGCUGUUUGUCUGAAAACCAUCCAUGUGAACACAGCAUGCGUACACUGUAGGUAGGCUAAAGUUGCCAAUGUUGCUUUUGUAGUUGGUUUGAUCUUUGGAGCCAAGCUCCGCUCUUCACACACAGCAUCAACCUUUGUUCAAGUGUAAUGAUUUCUGUUUAGAAUAUUGGAUUAAUCAGAUUAAAGUUUAUUUUAGAUAAUACUUUGGUCUCUUUUCUAAUUACAUAUUGCAAUAUGAUCCUGUUAUCUCAAUGAAAAGUACUUAAACAGAUGUAUAUUUAACAAAAAAAAGACAUUUAUUAUUUGGCCGGUAAAAAUGUAUUUGGCCGGUAGAUUUUUUCAUCUACCAGUCCCUUUGGCAGGUGAGCCGAAAAGUUAGUCAACACCCCUGCUUGUCCCCCAUUAGAAACAUUUGGUGCAUUAUUACGUUUACAGUGUGAUAAACCCUGUUUAAUAUACUUCUUACUAUAGAGUAUUAUGAUAGCAGUGAAAAUGUAAAAAUUAAAUGUGAAAGUCGAACAAAUUCAUUGAAUCUUUGGACUGAAUGAGUCUCUGCAGCCUCUUCACUCCUUCAUUCCAAGGUUUUAGAUCAACACACACACAACCAAGGGCAUGGUGUGUAUUUGUGUGUGAGUUUUCUCAUGCGUGCCAUCCCUGCACAAGUGUGAAGUGGUUGGUAGAAAGGUUGCAAGUGUGAAUGAGCGGUGAGUCACGUUUGUGGGUCUCUGUUUGAGUAAGUGAGCAUGUGACAAGUGGCCGUGUGCGCUAGCCUGGAUUUGCUCUUUGCUGUGUGUACCUUGGCACUUUUGUGUGUGUGUGUGUGUGUGUGUGUGUGUGUACAUGCCUCUACACAGAUGCAGCUUGCCCGUGUAUUUCAAAGUAUGUGUGUGUGAUUUGUGUGUGUGUCUGUGUGUGUGUGUGUUUGUCCAGUUGGCGUGGCAGCUGUGUGAUGGCAGCCUCUCAGCACGCUCCGCUGCCUCCUCAGACGACCUCUGAGGUGUCCCCUCACACCCACACACAUCAAAACACACAUAAAAGUGCACACACUCCUCUUCUUCAAGCUUUUUUUCCUUCUUGCCUUUCUUUCCUCUCCUGCCCUUUUCCCUUCCUUUUUCCCUUGUUUCCUCUUCUCCUCUCCUCUGAAAUAGGGACAGGGACAGCAGCCCAGCAGCAGCGGCUGCCUCUAGUUAGUUAUCUAACACCCUGGAGAGGAGCUCAGUAUCUACAGCACCCCGUCUCCCAGACAUGCAGUGCUUAAAACACAAAGAUAACAGUACUUAUGAAACAUAUAUGGAUCCUGUUCUAGUUUGUACUGAUGUAAUAUGCAGUAUUAUGUAAAUUAUAGAAUACUCUGCUCCAAUAUUGGGGACAGAAAGUGGUGUUUAAUAGAAUAUUCUUACACAUUUCCAUUUCUUCUCGGCUUGUCUUUUUGUAUCAGAUUGCACCUUUGCUUUUACAUUAUUCAGAGCUGAAUCCCUGAUGUACGGAGCUGCUGUUGUGAUUUUCAGGCAGGGUUUUUUUUUCUAUUAAUGCAUGUUACAAAGUUAUUUUUCACUUGUGCCAUAAGUCAACAGAGAGAGCUUUGCAGUAUUUUUGAGGAGUUUUCUUGAUGAACACUUUGUGGGAAAAAAGAGGUAGUUUUAACCAUGAAUUUUGCAGAUACUACUUGAAAGUUUGGGGUUUAAAUCAUAGGUGGUGUAAAAGUAUGGACCACAUCACAGCUUCUUAAAGUGAAGCCAGUGUGCAGUUGCAGAAGCUGCAGCCUCUAAUUGUUCAGCUUAAGGGUGUAAACUCCAAGUGACGUCCCCCAAGUGAACAGAUGGAACAUGGGUUAAACUUUAAAACCAAAAUACAAGCCAACUGAAUUUUUCUCUGACAUUUCUGACAUCUAGGACUUAAGUUUCAUUUGAUGCUUUAAAAAAAAAAGGGAUGUAACACCAUGAUUGACAGCUCUUAUGAGGCUCCUGCAAUGCCCUGUGUACUGGUAUUACUGUAUUACUGAAGGAUCUCAGGUGUCUGCUCAGGGUUUCCAAGAGUUGUGAACAUCUGAGAGUUUUACAAAUAUAUCAGAACAGAUUUCUUGAAAUUUUGUUUUUUGAGAGUGGAGGAGGAAUUAUUAGUUUUGUAGGUUUGUUUAUUGUUUUUAUUUAUUUAUUUAUUUAUUUACCCUUAGCUGUCUUAUCUUUGGGAUAAGACGACCAUACCACUUACAUGGUCUUUUAUGGAGCAGACUACCCUGUAUUCAAAUGUUAAAAUCAGAAAUUUACUCCAAAUAGUUGGUCAACGAAUUAUAGCCAAAUCUAUGUUUCUCAGUUUUCAGAGCUGCAGAUUAUUCACAUGUUGAACCCUUAAAUUAUUCUUAAGGGGGUCUUCAUCAGCCUUUGAUUUUAUCGUAGGAUAAUAAGAUGAAAUACUUAAUUCAAAUGUGAGAAUGGCAGUUAUACUGAUCAUUUAGGUAUAACUAGAAGAAAAGGUGAAUGUGAUUUAGCACAUUAACUCAGUGACUCAGAGAUACAGGUGUCUGCACAGCGUGAUCAGGUGAUACCAAAUGGAUGUUAGUCAUUGAGUAAGUCUGGAAACAAGAAGUGGAGGUGGUAUGAUGUGUUUUUGGGCAUAUCACUAGCAUUGCACAUACAGUGGAUGUAAAAAGUCUAUACACCCCUGUUCAACUGCCAGGUUUUAGUGAUGUAAGAAAAUGACAGCAAGAUAAAUAUUUUCACAAAUUUUUCCACCUUUAAUGUGACCUGUAACCUGUACAAUGUAAUUGAAAAACAAACUGAAACCUUCUAGGGGAAAAAUAUAAAAGUCAAAAUAACCUGGUUGCAUAAAUAUGCACACUCUUAAACUAAUACUUUGUUGCAGCACCUUUGGCUUUUAUUACAGCACUCUUUUUGAGUAGGAGUCUAUCAGCGUGGCACAUCUUGAUGUGAAAAUAUUUGCCCAUUCUUCUUUGCAAAACCGCUCCAAAUCUGACAGAUUGCAAGAGCAUCUUCUUUGCACAGCCCUCUUCAGCUCACCACACAAAUGUUCGAUGGGAUUCAGGUCUGGGCUCUGGCUGGGCCAUUCCAAAGUCUCAGUCUUAUUCUAGGGAAGCCAUUCUUUUGUUGAUUUAGAUGUGUGCUUUGGGUCAUUGUCGUGCUGAAAGAUGACGUUCCUCUUCAUCUUCAGCUUUCUAGCAGAAGGCCGAAGGUUUUGUACCAACACUGACUGGUAUUUGGAAAUGUUCAUAAUUCCCUCCACCCUGACUAAGGCACCAGUUUCAGCUGAAGAAAAACAGCCCCAAAGCAUGAUGCUGCCACCACCAUGCUUCACUGUAGGCAUGGUGUUCUUUUGGUGAUGAGCAGUGUUGAUUUUGUGCCAAAUAUACCUUUUGCAAUGAUGCCAAAAAGUUCAACUUUGGUUUCCUCAGACCAUAAGACAUUUUCCUACAUGCGUUUGGGAGAUUUCAGAUGUCUUUUUGCAAAAUUAAGCCAGGCUUUGAUGUUUUUCUUUGUAAGAUAAAGCUUCUGCCUUGCCACCCUACCCCAUAGCCCAGACAUAUGAAGACAGCGGGAGAUUCUUGUCAGAAAUUCCUGCCAGAAAUUCCUGCAGCUCCUUCAGUGUUGCUGUCAGCCUCUUGGUAGCCUCCCUGACCAGUUUUCUUCUUGUCUUAUCAUCAUUUUGGACGGAUGUCCUGUUCUUGGUAAUGUCACUGUUGUGCCAUAUUUUCUCCACUUGAUGAUGACGGUCUUCACUGUGUUCCAUGGUAUAUUUAAUUCCUUAGAAAUUCUUUUGUAGCCCUCACCUGACUGAUAUCUUUGAAUAAUGAGAUCCCUCUCAUGCUUUGGAGGCUCUCUGCGGACCAUGGCUUGUGCUGGAAGAUGUGGCUACAAAAAUGUCAGGUAAAGCUACUAGAACAGCUGAACUUUAGUUGGGAUUGAUCAGAGGCACUUUAAUUGGUGACAGGUGUGUGCUGACUCCAAUUUAACCUGAGUUUGAAUGUUAUUGGUUAAAUCUGAACACAGCCAAAUCCCCAGUUAUUAAAGGGUGUGCACACUUAGGCAACCACAUGAUCUCAGUUCUUUAUUUUGACUUCACCUCCCUGAAAGAUUUCUGUUUGUUUUUCAAUUGUGUUGUACAGGUCACAUUAAAGGUGGAAGAAGUUGUGAAAUUAUAUAUCUUGAUUUAAUUUUUUUACAUGAAAAAAACCUGGCAGUUGAACAGGGGUGUGUAGACUUUUUAUAUCUACUGCACUACAAUAGGAGUAAUCUAUAUGCACACAUUGCAGUUAUCAAGCAAUAUUGUCCACAGCUGCCCUGCAUGCACAGGGUUCACUGCAGAGGAAGACGAAGAUGAGUGGAAGCAGUUGACUCAGUCAGUGCUAAGAAGCAACCUCUGAUUUGAAUGAGAAAAGGGAACCCAUCUAAUUCUCAGGCAUUUUUCUCUGCCUCAUUUUAAUCCAAUCAAAAAAUGGCUGGUGACCCUGCAUCCCGACCUUUAAAUUGGGAAAGGCUGUCUCAGCUGAUCUCUGUGUCAAAGUGAAAACGUCACAGAGCCUCCAUUCAGGUACAACAGAGGGAGCAUGAAAACAUCAGUAUAUGUUAAAUGUGCAACUUCAAAAUGAUCAGAUAAUGUGUCUUAAAAAUCAUUCGAAGUUUAUAUUAAGAAAGGAGUAAGAGUCCUCCUGUUUGUGUCCAAAAUAUGUUUCAAAUCAUUGAAGUCAGAUGUGUGUUCAAACAGAUAAAGCAAGAACCGAUGUUAAGUACAGACAGGUAUCAGUUUAGGGGUUUAAACUGUGGAAGUGAUUGUGUGAGUUUGAGUGUGUAGAAUGGGCCAGUGUUAAUGUGAAAAAGGUUGAAUAUUCACACAAGCUGAGCUCUUUUGUUUGUUUUUAUGGAUGACUAAGAUGAAUGAUACUCAAUUUAAGAUUCAGUCAAAUUUUGUCAGCGACUUUCACAGACUUUGUCGAGGAAUAAUAAAUAAAAACUGUUGUUAGUUUGUGGAGAGGCCACUGAGAGAGAGAGAGAGAGAGAGGGUGGCCUGUCACUGGAGAUGUUCUUACACUGAAUCUCCUUUUUCACAGUGAGGGGCAACACACACACACACAAAUACAUACACACACAAUCACGCAAACACACACUCCCACAUUCACACUGAGCUGUGUAAUAGCUGUCAAGCCUGCAGCCAUACCAUGCACUGCAGGGUGCAUACUGAAAAGCAGUGCAGUGCUGCAGUGACGCGUGGACUCCCUACACUUCCCCUGUGGUGUGUAUUCGGGCGUGUGUGUGUGUGUGUGUGUGUGUGUGUGUGUGUGUGUGUGUGUGUGUGUGUGUGUGUGAGCAAGCUUGAAAAAGAAAGAGAGAACACUUUGGGCAAAUACAGAAAGAAAAAGCAGAAAAAAGGGAGAGCUACCAUAAUAAAAAAGAGGUGAAAUGAUGGAUAGUGGUGCUAUUUGCUCGUUCACCGGCUGGGUUAAAAGCCAACCGUCUGUUGGUACAAAGACAAGAACCAGACAUCAUCAAAACUGCUCACACACACACACACACACACACACACACACACACACACACACACACACACACACCUGUUCACACUGACCAGAAACGGUGAUCUCAUUCUCCUUUUCCAGCAUUAUCAGCUCCCUCCCUUACCACAAGGAUAGAACAUUACAGGUAAACCAUUAUUCAAAGACCCCCCUUCAUAUUUCAUUCACGUAUUCAAAUAUAGCACCAUUAUGCAAAGAGUGUUGCCCAUUAGGAGUGUAAUAUUUCACGUCCUUCUAUGUGCCAUUAUGCAAAAGAUGUCAGCUGAUUUUGGAAAAGUGGUUUUCCAUAUGGGGCUGUUUAUUUGAGGAUGACCUUUUGAACCCAGCUGCUGUCAAAUCAGUCAUCUGUAACCUUUUCAUGUGCCCAAACUCCCCCAGACGGCAGCCAGACAUCAUACUGUAACUCUCAUAAUGGUGUGUUUGUGACCUUAUUCAGACCUUGAAAUAAGAAAUAAAGACGAACAGAGAUACCUUCAGAUUUAUGAUGCUGGACUCGGCUACAUUGAGCUCCAUUACAGCUCUUCAGCAGGUUACAGUAACACGAGUGCAGCAGAUAUCCAACUCAAGCAGUAUUUUGGGAAAGAAGUUCUUGAACUUUUUAGACUUUGUUGGUUUAUCUAUGUAAAAAAGACAGUAGAAAUGGUCUUGAAUUUGUUGCAAGAUAAGUAAACAUUUUGCAGAAAAGGAAAAAGCCUCAAAGACAAUUUUAAGUCUUAGCUUAUUAAUGAUCCCACCAAUGUUAUGGCUAAAACCCACAGGAUCCGGAACGGCUGCGCUCCGAUCUGGCAUGCCAGGCGGAUCAAAUACGCAGGCAUUAUAAUCAAAGUGAGUGAUUCCACACAAUCCGUCCAGCGUCUGGCUCCAUUGCGGAUCGGCUCCGGUGACCAGAUCAGAUACGCAAGGUGCAGUGCAUCAAUUCAGUGCAGUGCAGCACGAGCAGCGGUGGAAGUUAUAUGCGGCUACACGGUAAAAUAUCUGGUUAAUUUUCAAGAUAAAAUAAAGUCAAUACAUUGAACUGUUCUUAACUUGAUAUUAGGAGAGGCCAGGGUUGUGGGAUGUGGGUGUUCACAUACACUAGCGUUUAUAUUCACCGAUCAGCGGGACUCAUUUAAUGUCUCACGGGGAAACGUGAGAUUUCAUGAGGUCUUGUCCAGUCUCGUGAGAAAUAUCGGUAAUCUUGCAAGCGCUUCUCCUCUGGUGGCGGAGGCGGAUCAGAUCCGGUGGGUGCUAUAUGCUUGCGUAUUUGAUCGUCCUGAUGGUCUGGAGCAGAGUGGAGCCAUUUCAGUGGAAUUCCCAGGUUAAGGAUGCAGGGAAAAUGACAGAGGAAUGUAAAACCUUCCCUAAAUGAAGUUAGACUUGUUUUGUAAGACUUUUAUCCAAGAUGGGAGUUGGUGUCUUUUCUCUGUGAGAGUUCCUGCUGUUUUUCCACUAAAUAUCUAUUGAAUACUUGGACUAUUGCUCAUUGAAUUUUAUUAUUGAAUUCCACAGAGCAAAUAUUUACGAAGAGAUGCGACCAUAUGAUUGCAGUAAACAACAAAGCAGACAUUUAAGAAGGCCAGUCACAAUGUCACAAUGUGAUGGUUGAUGGCAUUCCUCGAAUUUAAAAGAGAAGGUGCUGACAUGUAGAAACUGGACAUGGACCCCCACAUCAUGGAAAUCGAAUGAACUCAGCGUGCUGGAAAAGGUUCUGCAGCCACAGAUGGAACCCAUGUGAGACAGUGACCAUGACCUGUAAUGGUGAGGCUUCUAAGAAUCAAGGAUAGGGACACAACUUUGAGUGAGGCAAAAACGUUGAGAGGAUUGAAUGUUUUCAUAAAUGAGGACUAUCCAGAGUCAGUUGGCCAGAGGAGGAAAGAGCUUCUGCCUAAAUUGAAAGCUGCCAGAGAAAGAGGGGACAUUGUUUUCUAAAGGUAUGAUAAGCUCGUCAUUCACAAAUGGCACUCAGGAAUAAGGAACAUCAAACGCACAACAAGGACAAUACAUGCAGACAAACACACGGUCAAUGAAAGGAAAUAUAUGGUGUAAUAUACACCUUAUAUAUCAUGUCUAUUGUCACACUCCUCCCAAAGAAAAGUUAAAAAGUAAUUGUAGUUUAAGGAACGAGUAUAGGAAAUUGAUGAUUGUUGUUUUCAAAUACUAUUCAUAUACUGGCUCUAUUUAGAUUUCUCAUCUAGAUGGGCAUUUAAGGAUGACGCUUUAAGAAAUAGAAGGAUAUAAUCUUUACAGAAAGGAUAGGAAUAUGCAUGUGGCCUGUUAUGUUCAAAAUCAUAUUCCAGGGGAAAUCAGGAAAGAUAUGUAAUGAUAAAAAAAUAAUACAUUUUAUUUAUGUUGUGCAUUGCAUCUGACAAAACUGACCUCAAAGUGCACACAGUGUAAGCAGGAACGAAAAUUGAGGUAUUGUGGCUUUAGAUCAACUUGCCCUAUAUUAAAUCAAUUUUACUCAGCUGCUUUAAUUACUGUAAUUAUUUAGCGGUUAUUGGUAAGAAUCUGGACAAGGUGUGUGAACUGAACAUAGAGGUUUGUUUUUGUUUUUAUGGGAGACAUGAAUAUUGAAUGGUGAUUCCACAAAUGCCCUUUAAAACAUCAAUGGACCACUGUAACUGAUGCAUGUUGUCUGAAACAGAUGCUAACGCAAUCAACUUGAUUAAGUAUAAACAGCAGGAGCAACAACACAUCAUGCUGUAUCCUAUACUAUAGUUUUUUUAAUGAAAAUGAUUAUUAUAGUAAAGCAGUCUCAGUCCCAACAAGCAAUGAUAUUGUAGUGGCAGUUUCAAGGAAAACUCAAGUGCCUAAAGCUAAACCAAGAGUUGUAUGCAACAGGUCACACAGGGUUUACCUCAGAAAGCCUUUCUGAAAGAUGUCAGUGAAAUGUGUUGAUCAACCAUUUAUGAUGAAAAGGAACCAAGUAAAGCACUAGUGGUAAAUCUGGAAAAGUUUUAACUGGUAAUGGACAAACAUGCUCCUGAUAGGAACUCGUAAGCACCAUGGGUUGACAAAGAGUUAAAAGAUCAUAUGGCUCCGAGAGAUGAAGUAAAGAAAAAAGUGGUCAUAUAAAAGAUGGACAAGAAUAUUGUAAACUGAGGAAUUAUGUUACAAAGCUCAGCCAAAAGGAAAAGAAGCAAUAAUAAUAAUAAUGCAUCAGAUUUUUAUAGUGCUGUGGAGGUACUUUUGUCACUAAACCCAAAAAAAUUGCAAAUCAUUUGAUCAACUUUUUUAGAUAUAAGGUAUAUAAACUAAGGAAAGAUUAAGCAUAUGAGACAGACAACAGUUCAUCAAUCAUUAAUAUAAAAAACAAAAGUUAUGCCAUUUUGGAUUCAGUGAACUAAAAACAGAAACAGUUGAGAAAUCAAUUAAUCAACAUGUAAAGACAAACAACCAGGAACUGAUGAUAUUGAUGAUAAACUAACAAGGAUAGCUGUUAAUGGUAUAGCAAGUCCUACAUGUCACAUAAUGAGUCUAACAUGAUCUGUUUUUCCACAUGCCGAGAAAGAGGCAAACGUCAUAUCUUUGCCUCAAAGUAAUAAAGCAUCAUUUAGUGGCCCUAACAGCAGGCUAGUAAGCCUGUUACCAGCAAUAAGCAAGAGAUGCGAGAGGGCAAUACUUGACCAAAUACAAGAAUACUUUUCUCUAGGUAAUUUGAUGACAGACUUCCUGCAUGCUUAUAGAAAGAGACGCUCUACAUGCACAGCACUAACUCAAAUGACAGAUGACUGGUACAGAAAUUUGGACAAUAAGAUUAUAUGUGCUGCAGUCCUGUUAGAUUUUACAGCAGCAUUUGAUGUAAUUGACUACAAGCUUCUUCUUAAAAAGCUGGAGACUUAAGGAUUUACACAAUCUGUAAAGUUAUUUGAAGCAUAGAUUUUAUGGAGCUUAUUCUAAUAGCAUGUCUCUAGAAUGUGGAAUUCCUCAAGGAAGCUGCCUUGGUCCACAUGUGUACUCAAUCUUUACAAACAAUUUACCUCUUUUACUGAAAAAGGCUAAAUUAACAAUAUAUGCAGAUGACACCACAGUGUAUGCAUCAGCAAAAACACCUCAUGAUCUUAAUGUCAUCUUAAAUAGGGAGCUAGACAGAGUUGAGAAAUGGAUCUGUCAAAACAAACCGACACUAAACACAGCUUAAACAAAAUGCAUUAUAUUUGGUUCAAACUAUUCUCUCAGGGGACAGCCAGAACUAAACCUUGUUAUAGACAAAACACCUUUACAGCAAGUUGAGGAAACUAAGCUCCUGGGCAAAUUUCUUGGUAAUAAGCUCUCUUGGUCAAAACACAUUGACACUGUUGUACAUAAAAUGAGUAAGUCAUUGGCAGUGGUAAGGCGAUGAAACGCCUCACCGCAAAAAUGGCAAAAAUAGUUUCAAACAAUAUCAUACUCUAGCAUCUGGACUACAGUCAGAUAGUAUGGGCAAAAGCUACUUAAAAUAUAUGAAUAAACUCCAGCUGGUACAGAACAAGGCAGCACACCUUGCCCUGAAAUGUUCAUACAAACCAGUAUCAUUACUUCUUUCAAUAUGGAAAAUAUAACAGUCCAAAACUCCAUUACCAGACAAGCAUCUUAAGACAGGUUCAAGUUUCCCAAACCAUAUACCAAUGUUUUGAGGCGUACGACUAGGGUUGUCCCGAUACCACUUUUUUACUGACCAAGUACGAGUACUGACAUUUAAGUACUUGUCGAUACCAAGUACCGAUACAAGUACUUAAUAAUACCAUAGCGACGACUUUAAAUUAUGAUUUUUAUUUUUUCAUCAACACUCCCUGAACAAACAUGGCACCACUGCCAUAAUUCACUUUCACAACUUCCACAUAUUUCCAAUUGCCAAUACUUUUACUUCUACUCCACAAUCUUAGACGCAAAUAUAGCCUAGUGCACAUACAAUAUAACAUAGUGUAAAUGUAAACAUACAGAUAAGUGAUAACUGCAUCAGAUGUCUCUAUCACUGUAUCAUAUACAUGCAGCAAGUUACAACUACAAGAACUGAAUACUGAAAAAUAACACCAGUGCUGUCUGUGAGGUCUAAGCCUUUCUCAUACAAGCCAGAGGUAGGUUCUUUACUUUUGGUUCAAAAAAAUAAAUAAAAUAAAAUAAUACAAUCAGAAGACAAGUCAUUUUAAACAACUUAUUCAGCAGCACUACACGUGGGAUUAAUCCCAGCUCUUUUCACUCAGUCUGAACUCAAGAGAGAAUAUAAAAUAAAUCUAUAAAAUAAAAUAAAAAAAUCGUUCACAUGCUACAAGUAGUGCUACACACAUUUCUGUGAAGGGGACUCGGGCUUAAAGAGUGGAGUGAGAGGCAGGUUUUUUUUUAUGAAGAGAAUCAUCUCUGUGUUCUCAGCAGUGAUCCUGUUUCUAGCUUCAUCCACAAUGUUUGACACAGCACUAAAAAGCCUCUCACUCUCCACACUGCUACAAGGGGCCGACAGGUAUUUUCUGGACAUCUGGGCUAGAGUGGGAAAUCUCUUUCUGUUGACUCCCCAGUACUGCAAUGGGUCGUCAUGCUUGUCAGCUAGGCCCUCUCCAAUGUAUUUCUCAAAUUCAAUGGCCCCACCCUCUGGUGCAGCGCUCUGUGAUGCUCGCUCAUUAGCUAUUUUAUCAUACAGACUGUCCAGGCUGCUAGUGGCUGAGGUCUUGCGGUGCUUUCUGGUAGGAGCGUCUACCACAUCUGCUUCUUCUGCAGACAGCUUCUGCAGCUCUAGCCUCACCAUCUCUUUGGCUUCUACAGCAGUGUUGGCGUUUGAGAAGAAACAGUCUUUGUAUCUAACAGAGAAAAAUAAAUAUCUUAGCUGGUUUGAAGGUAAAGACUCAUUCUCUCUCUCUUCUACCAACACACACACACACACACACACACACACUCUCUCUCUCUCUCUCUCUACUCUAUCUCUCUCCCCCAAUUCAAAGGAUCUUUAUUGAUUGAGUUAUCUAUCUCACACACCUCUCUCUCUCCCUCUCUGACACGUACACACGCACACAUACCUCGGAUCUAGUACAGUGGCGAUGCUGUACAGUGGGUUUCUUUCUGUGUCGGAGAGGCGUCUUGUCACAGCGGCAGUCAAGGUUGCCUUCAUGGUUUUGAUGCCUUGGUCCUGUUCCCUUUCAGCUUGUGUCAAAAACUCGAGAAGCACAGUCACGGCAGGUAUCACAUCAGACGCCAUGGCGUCAGCUUUGCUCAUUUUUUUGGUCAUCUCCUCAAACGGGGCAAGGACAGUCUUAGUGUGUUCAAGGAGGGUCCACUGGUGAGCACUGAGGGUGGCGCCGGUGGGGAGUUCAUGUUGUGAUGCAUAGAGUAUUAGAGCCCGCUUCUGUUCGAUAAGAGACUGGAUCAUGUAAUAGGUGCUGUUCCAGCGCGUCUGUACGUCUUGCUGUAGCCUUGCUGUCGGCUGUAGGAGUUCGAGCUGGAUGUCCUCCAGGCGGGAGUAGGCUAAUGCAGAAUGUUUAAAAUGCCCUACUAGUUUGCGUCCAACGGCCACCGCGUCUGACACACUCCUCUGGGACAACAACCCCUCGCCAACAGCCAGUUGAAGCGUGUGGGCUACACACGAUAGGCUAGGGAGUUCAGCUUCACGCAUAGCCUUCAUCAUGUUCGCUGCACUGUCCCGAAUGACAACAUGAACAGAACUUUUCGGAAUUCCCCACGUCUCAAGCAUCCCCUCAAAUUCAUCAGCGAUGGCUCUGCCCGUAUGUGAACCCCGAAACUGCUUUGCGUGGAGAAUGGCACUUUUGCGCGUGUAAUCCUCCCCAAUCCACUGCGCAGUUAAACUAAUGAGGGACAUGGGGGUGACACUGCAGCUCCAAAUAUCAGUUGUGAAACUGAAAGCCAGUACGCCAUGCAGCAUGUUUUGUAUGUACUCUUUCACAACGUUCUCUAGCCUUGGCAAUUCAGUAGUUGUUAUGAAAUGACGGCUUGGGAUAUCAUACCGUGGCUCAAGUGUAUGCACGAAAUUCCGAAAGCCCCAAUUUUCCACAAGUGAGAAGGGCUGGUCAUCGUACGCAAUGAGUAGGGCAAGAGCUUCUGUUAUUUGGACCCACCGUGGGUUUGAUUUUGAUAGCUUCUCUCGCUUUUCCAGGGUUUCCUCCAAAGUUGGUUGCUUUGUGCUGCUGCUACUAGCGGUGUAAAACUCCUUGUACUCAGCAUCGUGCUUGCUCUUAAGAUGUUUGAUUAAGUUACUCGUGCCAAACGAGCUAGGCUUCGCACCUCCUCGUGAAACUUUCAUGCCACACAGUUUGCAGUCCGCUUUGCAAUGGUCAGCAUCGCUAAUCUUAAAAUAUGUCCACACGGCCGACAUUGUUUGUUUUCCUCCUCCUCGGAACGCACACCGCGCCCACCUGUUUAGCUCCUCUUUCCCCCCCACAAACUUCCGCACGGCAGUGUGUUGAUGACGUAACAGUAUCGGGUGCUGUCGCAAGUACAAGUACAAGUACUUAAAAUAGGCUAGUAUCGGGGCAAGUGCCGAUGCUGGUAUCGGUACCGGGACAUCACUACGUACGACUAUGGAGGAUGAAGAGAGACAGAGUGAAAUAUUUAAAUUCAUCUUUCAAUAAAUACUUAAAUAUGUAAUUUAUAUAAUAAAAAUGGGAAUUAGACAAAUAAAUAAAUGUGUCAUUAAUUCAUUAACAUGCUAUUUUAUUUAGUGUAAAAACAUAAAUAAUUAUUUCACUAUUUAAUUUAUUAUUUCAUGGACCUGUGUUUCAUUGCUUCAAGAAUUGUCAAACUCACCCAUCGAAGUCAGUGGGCAGAUCCAAACUGGGUCUGUGAUGUAUGAGUCAUGUCCAUAUUAUGAAUUUAGAUAUCCUUGAGUAGUUUGAAGCACCAAAUGCCUAAGGUUACCUAGCAGACGCAGUGAUGGCUUUAGAGUUUGUUUUUCUGCUCUGUAACACUAAGAUAGUAGAAAAUUCUUAACUUUUAACUCGUGUUCAUUUUAUGAAUGGAUUUUGCAGCUGUGAUUCUGAUCGCUUAAUUCAUGCAUAAAACUGCAGCUCUGUUUCAUUUUAAUUAGAAUCAAAAUACAUUCAAGAGGCUGAUUUUCUUUUCUUUUUUUUUUUUUUUUUUGGAAAGUUUGACUUUUACGACUUGUGGUACAGUUUUUGACUUUUGUGAGCACUAUGAAUAUCUACCCCAAUAUGCAGGUAGCUUGGUGUAAUGAUCUCUUCCUUCUAUGCAUGGGCAGACUCUCUCUCUCUCUCUCUCUCUCUCUCUCUCUCUCUCUCUCUCACACACCUCUCCUCCCCCCUCCUUCUUCUACCUGCAUGCCUGUCUCCAUCUCUCUCCAUCUGUCUCUCUCUGCCAGCUCCAUCUCAAAGCCAGGCUUUAAUUUUGAUCAGCGAUGAAAUGAUUGCGCUCCUAUUUCGAUUUUUCUUCCUCCCCCUCCCUCCUCAUGGCAGUUGUCAUAGAAACAGAGACAUGUGUGUGUGUGUGUUAGUAUGUAUUUGUGUGUGUGUAAUUGUGAGCGUCUGUGUUCCAGUUGAUCCCUCAGCAGAGAUUUAUCACCCAGACUCAGCCAGAAGGGUGUAUGUGUGUGUCUGUUUGUGUGUGUGCGUCUACCUUUGUGACUCCACUCACACACACACACCUUCUGUAUAUCUUUUUCUGUAUUUACACACACAACAGUAUUUCAGGGAGUGUGUUUUCCCAGUUUUAUGUUUUUAUCUGUGAGCGCCUAACAGUGUGUGUAAUAGGUCCCCUGUCCCUUCAUCAAACCACCAUCAUACACACACACACACACACACACACACCCUCUGACACAUACACACUCUCACACACACAUGCAGCCCGGCUGGUUGGAUGACUUGAGAUUGAGUGUGUUUGGUGGCUUAGGCCAGCCACUUCUCUAAUCCUCUGCCCUCAUACAAACACAAACACACACUCGCACAUGUACAAAAAGUCCCAGGUCUCUCUCCGCUAUUAGCCAAAGCUGAGGGAGUAUAUGCGUGAGUGUGUGUGUCAGUGUGUGUGCGUACAUGGAGAGGAUUGCUCAGAGAAACCGGAGAGGGAAAGAGCAAAACUAACCCAAUUUCCUGCUCCAUUUCCCUUUUCACGCGGCGGGUGCGUCCCAUUCCACGGCGGGCCGAGUUGAACACCAGCAGACCUGCUGCCUUAGGUCACGCCUUUUACCUCAGAGUCACACACAGGAGAAGGGAGGUGGAAGAGGAGGGGGAGCUGUGAAUAAAACAUGUACUCCAGACUUUAAUCACGCAUGAAACUGCGUUUUUUAGAGUGAAAUAUAAGUUUGCUCAAACUUUCAAAUCAUUACACUUGAUUGCCAAGGUUUGAUGCUUGUUUCAAUCCCUGAAUUACACACUGCACCUUUGAGCAAGAGGUUGUGAGGGGGACCGAUCACCCUGUACAAGUUUUAAUCCACUUUAACAACCAGAUUAUACUACAUUAUCUGUAACAUCAGUUCCUGACAGUAAUACACGUAUAGGGCCACAGUGAAAAUGCACCAAAGCACGAUUGUUAUACUGUGGAUUUUUUUCAUAUUCCUCUUCCAGACACAUUUUGACUCUCUACUUGUCCUAUCGCUUGAAGAAUUGUAGGACAAAACUAUGGAACUGCAGAAAAAAAUUGCUCUGAAAUCAAUGGGACAAGCCAAAGAAAAAAAAAUAUUAUUGGAGUUAUUCAAAAGUCUACUGCUUUGGCUCUGUUUUUCGUUUGUUUGUGUGUUUGUUUGUUUGUUUGUGUGAUUAAAUACAUGAAAAAGGAAUGUUUGCUGUAGGUGUGCUCCUUGUAUAUAAUAUCACAAUAGUAUUAAUAGUAUUAAUUAUUUGAAAUCUCUAAAGAGGCUUAUCAUAUGGCAACAUGGCAGGCAGCACAGUAGUCAUUAAGUAUUGAAUAUCAUAUUCCCAUAGAGCUAUAACCAUAAUCAAAGAUGAAAUUUAAAUAAUCACCCAGUCCAGUGGCUGCUGCGUUGUAAAGGUGCAUUAUGGUUCAAUCGACCUGAUGAAGACUACGUGAUUUAAGGUAACCAGGCUCACAUUAUGAGGAAAGCAUCAUGACAGGUAGACCUAGUAGUAGGUCCUGUGUUUAAAUAUGUGUUUACACCGUAAGUUUGUUCUUAAGUGUGUUUAAUGGUUUUAAGUGUGUUUUUAUGGGUUUAUAUUUACAAGUUAAAUACAAAUAUCUUCUUAAUGCAUCCAAAAAGUAUACAAUGGUGUAUUUUCCUAUCUGUUCUAAUUGUUAUUAAAACCAUGCAUGUAUCCAAGUAUAUUAAGUGUUUUAGCAGAAGAACUUCUUAUUUCCUGUCAAGCUGCAGCUCCAUGGUCCAGUUGCAGUGACAGCAUGUACAAAUACACACUCAGACUCACACACAGUCCCUGAGUUGUCUUGACCUAAUUGAAGCCCAGCGGUCUGCCCCAGGUCAUUCUUUUAUUCCUCCCUUAUUUUAAUGAGAUUUUUAAUUAGCAUGUUAAUUGCCUAACGUGAUCAGCGGGGUGACUAUCUAGCCGGCUAGCUGUGGUCGGCAUCCAGCUGGGCCAUAACACUGAAGCUUUCCACUCUGCUGAACAAAACCGUGCCAAGCUGAGCUGUGCUAGGCUAGCCUGGAGAAGAAAUGACGACAAGGAAAACAAGUGUGGAUUUAACACUGAGUCUCAUGUUGCAUUUAUGGUGGGAGCAGAGCUCUAGAUCCAAUUAAUUACAAGUUUAUUCAGAUGGGCUCCCUUUCUCUGAACCCCAGUUGAUUUUCUGCUUUCAUUUUAUGCAUAGAAAUCAGCCUCAGGAGGCUUCAAAGGCGACCUGAUAACAGAACCAAAGAGCCACUACACCUGUUUACACAAUUAUUCACAAAUGAGCCCUCAUCACUGUCCUAAUGUGUGCAGCUGUGGUUUAGUGGUAGAGUGGGUUAUUUCUCAUUCAAAAGGUUGGCGGUUUGAUCCUGCAGUUCACAUAGCAAAGUUCCUACAGGCAAGAGACUGAACCCUGAAUCGCCGAAUUGGAUUAAAUGGGAUUAUUAAAUACUGAGGAGGAUUUAGUAUGCACAAAUAUCCACGUAAUGUUGUAUUGUUGUGUUUUAAUCAGUGAGUGCGUAAUUUUUUCCUGAUCAAAGAUGUCCAACUCGUAAAUUUGCAAGCUUCCCGUGUAAAGUAUGUCGCAGUGGUGAAGCGACAUAGUGUUCUUGUUUUCUACCUUUCACCCAAAAUGGGGUGUGGUCAGUUUUGUCAGUGGGAUGUGAAAUUCGACUGCUGUCAUCCAUCUGCUCAUUUGAGGGAGGCUUCUGGAAUGCUGGGGGGAACUAAAUCAAGAGACUAAAUCAAGUCAAUUAGGAGGUGCUAAAACUGCAGUUCCUCAAAAGUCUAGAAGCUGGCUCCAAAAAUCCAAAGAUAAACAUGAAUAUAGCCUGGUUAAAAAAGACAUUUUAGUCUGAGAGGCUUAAAUAUUCAUAAGAACUGAUUUUCUUUUCUUAUUUGAUUUGUUUUGCUAGUUAUGGGUUUUGCAUAAUAAUUACUUUGCAUAAUUAUUAUUAAUAUUAAUAAUAAUUAGGAGAAAGGCUAACUUGACUUGCAGGUGGGUCCACUGUAGCUGUUGGCAAGGAGGCUAGAGGCCUGCCUCACUGAAUCAGCACUUCUAACGUGGCAGUCACAGUUGAUGGGCUUCAAACUCCGCUCAGAAACAAGUGUCUGCGCUAUCUUCUGGGAUAUUUACAGCGAUACAUUGGAAUAUCUCUGCAUCUUAUACUGGUGCAUUUGACACACAAGGCUAAAGGACAAAGCCGGUGAUUAUACGUGAUUAUAAAGUUAUUGAGAGUGUGUUAAUGAUAGCUACAGAGUCCCCUCAAAGGAGCACAAAAAUAAGCACAGUAACUGCACCCGUUUAGGUCAAACUGUGGAUGAAAAAAUGAUCAUUUAUGACUGUUAAUCAUUUAGGGCUCUAUUUUCAUGCCUCACCGGCGGCGUGGUAUUUUGGUGAGCGGUGCAGCCCAGCCAACCCAAGUAUCCUCCCUCCAGCUCAGCUCCUCCCAGCUGUGUAAAUAGUAGAGAGGGAGGGGAUAAGGCGUGGAGUGGAUUUGACACAGCCAAGUCCUGUUUUCACCAAUCACAUCAGCUCCCCUCCUCAUCUUAAAAUCUGCCACUGGCGAGGUGUAUUAGAAUUUUCGUGAAGUAGUCGAAGAGAUCAAGAGAUGUCUGAAGACAGCAAUGCCACACAAUGGCGACAGAAGGCAGCCUCCCCAACAAGUAUCGCUGUGAACGCUGCGGAGGGCCUCCUCCACACUCAAAUAAGCACAGAGGGAUUUGGUGUGUGUAAGGCUGUACCCACUGGUGAGAAAAACACCUUUUUCCACAAAUAAAGACCCUCACAUAAAUUUGCAUAUAUUUAAACCCCACGUGACAAAGGUGGGUUGUGUGCACAGAUCACAACAUAAACAGAUGCCAAUAAUGGCAUUCAACAAUCUGUGCGUAAAGGACGCAUCACGCUCCGUGGCCUGGCCCUUUCUUCCAUUGAUGUUGGCACAUAAAAUGAACUUGGCUCACACAACUGAAUAUUAUAACAUUCAUAUGUGGGCCUGACUCCAGAUUGAAUAUUCACAGAAAUUUGAGGAUGCGAGAACAUCAGAUAAACAGGUAAUUCUGAAUAAAAGUUUAUUUUAUUUUUUUGUUCAAAUUUUUGAAGUAAAGAACUCAUCUGAUCACUAAAAUAAAUCAUCUGUUUAGCCGUGCCCCCGCAGCAGCAGCAGGACAGGGAGAGAGGACAUGGAGACAUGUCCGAGUCAAGCUGCGUGAAAAAUAAGAGGAAGAGGAGGAGAGAAAAAGGGGGAGACGAAUUAAAUAUCUUGUUAACUUCAUCAUGUGUGACCAUUUACUGGAUGUUUAAUUUAAUUUAAUGUGGUUUCAGCUGUGUUGAUUCGGUCAGGUUGAGUGUCCAAACGCAUGCCAGACGCGCUCAUCAGAUAAGAUAUAGAUUAGAAUAUAUCGAUAUAGAUCUAAAUGUAUUUACUGACUCAGAUAGUUGCACUGAAUAUUGGUUGUUGUUGAUUAUUUAUUGCAUUGAAAUUUGCCUGACACUGUGGAAACUGUCUGUGAGGCAUUGGUGACGAGUGAGCACUAUGCCGCCAGUCUACCAAAACACCACUAGACCAGCUGUGCUCCGCACUUUCCACGCCGCCGCGGGGCACGAAAAGUUCACUGCGCCAUCUGAUUCUGUGGACACCUCCCCCUGCCGCGCCACCACGCCCAGCUUGGCGGACCUCGGUGCACCUCAGUCUACGAAAAUACCAAACUGGCCGUGUGCCGGGCUCCACCAGAAGAAAAUACCACUGCGCAGGGUGCGCCACCCUCUGCCGUGCCACUGGCAGGCACGAAAAUAGAGCCCUUAAUGUCUGUUUUGGGGCAGCUGUAGCUGAAUGUAUGUUGUUGGCUUGGCAGAAAACUGUGGGUUUAUCUGAGCUUUGGGAAACGAAAGAGAGCAGAAAAGUCUAUAUUUUUGUUCUUUAUAUUAACAAAGAAAAAAUAAGCAGAGCAGAAGGAAAUAUGGAAGUAACAAAAGGAAGAGUAGGUGGCUGGGAAGAUGGAAAGCGACUCAAUGCACAGAGCGCCUCUCUUCUGUUAACUUCACUCCUGCAGAUACUCAAGGCUGUGCGGUUAUGAGGAUUGCCUUUAUAAUUUACCACCACCAGUAUCGGCUCCUUUAUUGAGUCUGGCCUUCACUGACAGACACAGACACAGAGGAGGCUUUGAUUUAGCCUGGGAAUGUUUUCCAGCUUGUGUGGACCCUGUGAAUCACUUGCUCUGUCUCAUAUCUCCUUUUGUUGUUCUGUCAUAUCCCACUCACUCUCCUCCAUUCCUCUCUCUUAUCAUUUCUCUCCAUUCAGCAACUUCUCUCAUUUUUAUUCCUCUGCCUCUCUUCUCAUUUGUCUUUCCUUCAGUGCCUCCUUUCUAUUUUCUUCUCACUUUUCUCUGCAUCUGGUCUCCUCUACAGUCAGAUCUACAGUAUCGAGAAUGCCCACAGCCAGCUGGUGCGUGACCUAGACUUCAACCCCAACCGACAGUACUACCUGGCCAGCUGUGGAGAUGACUGCAAGGUCAAGUUCUGGGACGUCCGCAAUGUCCAGGAGCCGGUCAAGACCCUGGAGGAGCAUUCACACUGGUGGGUGAAUCUGUGGGGGGAGUUCAGAGAGGUUCAGGGAGGGGAGUGGGUCCUGUCCUUGACUCUCGGGACUUAAAUUCAAGAUCCUGCACUAGCCAGCAAACAAUUUCACCCACAUGCCCCUGGGUGUCCCACUGAAUCUGUAGCUGCUCACCAUUAAACACACAGUUUAAGUACAAAAGUUAAAUGUAGGCAGCAGAAUUACCUCACAUGACAGUAAAAUAAAAGAUGAUUCAAAUUAGUGAGGUACAAAACAAUUCCCUAUCAUUCCCUUUUUGAACAACAGGGGGCGCCUUCUGCCUUUGACUCCUCUUGGAUCUGUAUCUGAAUAGACCUUUUUCACAGUACGCAGAAGUUAGCAUUCUGCUCAUUUCCGGUGUUAGCGUGUGGUGGAGCCACUUAGCAUUGCCCAUAGACAGCCAUUCAUUUUUCACGAUAUUAACAAGCUCGCGACUCGUUUUUUUGAAAGGUAAUGUAAAAUUUUAUGCUUUUUGCUGUUUUAUUAACUCCUGGGGCUCUAUUUUGGUGCUUCGCCGGAGAUCUGCCGCAAGCGCAGCGUCAAUCAGAUCCGCCGCGCUGACAAGGCGUUCCCAAGCACAUUUUGGUAUUUUGAUGAGCCGCGCAGCCCGGUGUAAGUAUCCCCCCUCCCUAACUCAGCUCCUCCCGGCAGCAUAAAUCAUAGAAGGGGAGGCGAGAGGGCGUAUAGGGGUUUAACACAGCCGAGACCUGUUUUCACCAAUCACAUUAGCUCCUCUCCUCGCCUUUAAAUCCGCCACAGGUGAGGCGUAUUACUAUUUUCAUGAAGUAGUCAAAGAGAUCAAGAGAUGUCUGAAGACAGUUAUGCCACACGAUGGCGACAGAGGGCAGCUGCUCAACAAGUGUCCUCCACACUCUCUCAUCUGAGCACAGAUGGAUUUGGUGUGCGUAAUGUUGGACCCACUGGUAAGACAAACACCCUUUUCCACAAAUAAAGACACUCACAUAAAGUUGCAUAUAUUCAAACCUCACGUGACAAAGGUGGGUUGAGCGCACAGAUCACAACAUAAACUCCAAAAAGGCAUUAAAAUCGGAACCAUCUGUGCGUAAAUGACGCAUCGCGCUCCGUGGCCUGGCUCUUUCUUUCAUAGAUGUUGGCAUCUAAAAUAAAUUUGGCUCACAAAACUGAAUAUUAUAAUAUCCGUAUGUCGGCUUAAAGUAGAUAACGCAUCUGAGCACUGAAACAAAUCAUCUGUUCAGCUGCAGCAGCAGCAAGACGGACAGAGGACACGGAGACGUGUCCAGGUCGAGCUGUGCGAGAAAUAAGAGGAAGAGGAAGAAAGAAAAGGAGGGAGACGAAUUACAUAUCUUGUUAACUUCAUCAUGUGUGUUUGUUUACUAGAUAUUUAAUUUAAUUUGAUGCGGUUUCAGCUGUGUUGAUUCGGUCAGGUUGUGUGUCCAAACGCGUGCCAAACGCGCUCAUCAGAUCAGAUAUAGAUCAGAAUAUAUCGAUAUAGAUCUAAAUAUAUGUGCUGACUCAGAUUAAUAGUUGAUGAUGAUUAUUUAUUGCACUGAAAUGUGCCUGACACUGUGGAAACCUGCCGGUGAGGCAUCAGUGACGUAUGUCGAUACGCCGCCGGUCUACCAAAAUACUACAAGACCAGCUGCGUUCCGCCUUGCGCUGAAAGCUGACCAGGUUUGAAUCGGCGAGCUUUCAGCGCACUUUACACGCCGUUGGCGAGCACGAAAAUGUCACUGCGCCAGCUGAUUCUGUCGACACCUCCCCCUGCCACACCACCACGCCCAGCUUGGCGGAUCUCGGCUCGCCUCCGUGCGGCUCAUGCCACGAAAAUACCAAAUUGGCCUUACGCUGGGCUCCGCCAGACGAAAAUACAACUGCGCGGGGCUCGCCGCCCUCCGCCGCCUCACCGGCGCGAACGAAAAUAGAGCCCCUGUUCUUCAUAAUACUGUCCGGAUUUUGUACUUUUCCUUAUCGGGAAUUAUGUUUAAUAGGUCUGGAAAUUUUCUGAUGAUGGUCACCAUUGCUCUUCAGUAAUGACCUAUUAAACAUAAUUCCUGAAAAGUAAAGUACAAAAUCCGGACAGUAUUAUGAGGAACAGGAGUUAGUAAAACAGCAAAAAGCAUAAAAUUUUACAUUACCUUUCAAAAAAACGAGUCGCGAGCUUGGUAAUAUCGUGAACAAGAGCAGGUCUAGACCACGCUCAUUGUUUGAUGAUCAAGAACCAACCUAAGAUGGGUUUUGGCCCAUCUCAACUAACAUGAGUAGCAGUGGCAAGGAAAAACUUCCUUUUAACAGGCAGAAACCUUGGGCAGGACCCGACUCAUGCCAGACAGCCACCAUGCCGCUGCUGGGUUGGGAAGGAAUGUAGAGAGAUGGAGGGAGAGAGGGAGAGAGAGAGAGAGAGAGAGAGAGAGAACAAGAUAAGGGGAAGGAGAGAGAGAAUGAGUAUGGAGAGGGAGGGGGAGGAAGAGAGAGUAGAGAACGAGGGUGAGCGAGAGACAGGGGACAGCAGAAACAACAACAACAACAGCUCAUGUAAUGGUGAAAGAAAUGAGUUCAGUUUACAGGGUUAGGAUAUGAGUAAUUAUGGACAAUGUUAAAUUAAUUAAAUGUGAUUACAGUCAGCAGGCCUAAUCGUAGUCAGCUCUAGUUUUAUGUUAUUAAUGUCAGUGAGGCUGAUGUUCAUGUCUGCAGCAACAGUCAAGAGGAAUCCAAGAGAAGAAGGAGCUCAGGGCCUGAGGUGGACAAUCAUAGAUGAUGCGGCUAACAGUCCAGAGGAAUCCAAAAUGAAGUCGUGCAUUAUAGUCUUCCUUUCCUCUUUGCAUAAGAAGGGCAAACAGUGUCCAUGUCUGCUGGCAACAGAGAGACUUGAGCUUUUGUCUCUUCAGGAGGUGCUAAAUCAUCAAACAUCUGCUACUGUGAAAGGUUCUUGUCACUGUUAUCAUUGACACAAAAAUGAUGAUUUUGGCAUGGGGGUCAAUUUUUUUCCAAGAGUAGAUAUCCUCUUAACUCUCCCCAUCUCUGCUGCUUGGUGCUUGUGUUAUUUGAAUGUUAAGUGCAUACCUCUGCUGAAACCAUGGCAAGAAGGAGGAAACAGGCUAAUUGAAAGAAUUUCUAAAUAAAAGCGUAGCUUGAGCUGCUUUGAACAACUUAAAAUCCAAAGAAGUCGGGAUGCUGAACAAGAUAUUGACAAAAAUAGAGUUUGAUUAUUUGCAAGUUUAAAACUCUAGAUUAAAUGUAGAAUAAUGAAAUGAUUUUUUAAUCAAUAUUUUACAGAGUUCCAUCUACUUUUGAACUUGGAGUUACAGAUUGAACUUGAACAUUUGUUGACCAACUGAUUUAUCAACCCAGAUAAAUAGAUUCUUACACAACCCGCCAUGUCAAUGGCUCAUCAACUGACCCUGAUGUGAACUCUAAGUUACUGACUAACCAGUUCCUAACAGGACUGUAAUUAACAUUAAGAAUACCAGACUGUUAAAGGGAGGACCCAUAACAACUGAUUGAAACUUUAAUUUAAUUUGACUCUGCUAGGUUUCCAAACAGUGUGACACAUUUUGCAGCUAGUAAACCCACCCUCUGCUGGACAUGAGGAACAAUGCAGAGUAAACAUACUGCCAUAUAGGCUUUUAUCUACUUAUUUGAGCUAGACACAAUUCAAUGGAUUUGUUGAAGAAUUAUCCAACAGAAAAAAAUUCAUGUGGGUCAAGAUUAAUGGGUCUCUAUUUCUCUCUCUAUCGAGAUGAACUGGGAGUGAAAGGGGAAGGGUUGUAUUUAAGUGUCCUGGUGGGAUAAUCAGAAUUAUUCAGUUUGAAUGAUUUCAUUUUGCUCUACUGUGAGCUGGUCGGAGGCAGGGAUCAGAUAUCUCACAUUGUGGUUUGGGUUGCCAAAAGGCAAACAAGUCAGCCAAAGUCUGGUUAAGAGAAAUGGUUUCCUUUCAAUCUAAAGGGAGGUAUAUAAUCAAAGAAUUAUAUAUUGACAGAGAUGAUCUCUUUUAUUAUGCGAAUAGAGUUUUAAAUCCCACUCUUUUCCCACAGCUCAGUGAACUUGUGUCCAGGGCAUAACGUUUUAUCUCAGAUUUUAUUACUUGAUUGGAAUUGACAAGAGUUAUAACCCCCAAAAAAGAGAAAAAAGUAAUUUAUCAUCCCAUUAAAUUUUACUACAUGAACGUGUGAAAAGUAUUACUUGUGUCUAAUAUAAUUAUACUGUAUUUGCCUAAUGGGAAAAAAAGCUUUUAUUCAGCAUUAGAGUGUGAUUUAGGCACAUUCAGGAAAACUCACCAACAAUAAUGAUAAACACUGUGAUAACUCCUUUGCUGCACUGUUGAUUGGUUUCUGGUUUUAUUAAUGGCUUUAUCUCCUAACUAAUGAAAUGCCCUAACUACUGCUGGUGCAAUAAACUGCAGUUAUACUCUAAUUACUAAUUAAAAAGGCAGCUACUCCUUUUGUCAGCGAGGGUUGAAUCACUGUGGGUAGUUUGCAUCCAAGUCCUGCUCCGGGUUGUCUACUGAAAGAGCUUAAGGCAAUGCUAAGAGCUGAACACAGUGUACUGCGAGAGAGCUAGAGAGAGAGAGACAGAGAGAGAGAGAGAGAGAGCGAGAGAGAGAGAGAGGGUGUGUGUGUGUGCGUGCGUGCGUGCGUGCGUGCGUGCGUGCGUGCGUGCGUGCGUGCGUGCGUGUGUGUGUUUGCAUGGGCGACACUCUCCUGUGUGAGCUGAAUGGAUGAUCAGUGUGUCUGCAAGCCAAGCUGGGUUAUUGCUGCUGCAGUACACCAACCCUUACCUGAUAAAGACACACAUACAUGUACACAUACAUAAUAUGCACACAGUCACUUAUGGCUUUGUGCAUGCACACACAGACACACAUGCACACACAAACAGUAGAGCCUGUGUUAUCUAUAAGAGAAAUGCAGGCAUGGAAAACAUAUCCAUAUCUGGAGAUAACAGUAGAUGGUGUGUGCGUGUGUGUGUGUGUGUGUGUGUGUGUGUGUGUGUGUGUGUGUGUGUGUGUGUGUGUGUGUGUGUGUGUGUGUGUGUGUGUGUGUGUGUGUGUGUGUGUGUGUGUGGAGGUUGUCCGUUCACAUCCUUUGGCAACAGUAGGCUGCUAACAGACAUUCCCUUUUACAUGUGUAGUAGUGUGUUCUGUGCAAACUGCAUGUUAAAGCAGCCAUGGUAAAGACUGUAUGAUGCUUAUAUACUCUGGUUUAUAUCUAUAUAUAUCUAUAUAUAAAUAUAUAUAUGUGUGUGUGUGUGUGUAGGAAUGUGCGCGCUCUCUCUAUCUCCAUGUGUGGCUGUAGAAAUGUGUUCAAGCAUUUCUAUAAUGCAAAGCCAUAUGUCUGUGUGUAUUGGUCCUUUAUCUUUGUUGUGACGCAUACAUGUGUGGGUGUUUCCCAGAGUGUUUGUGUCUGUGCUUUGUUGUGCGCACUCAUUUUUCAAAACGCAGCCAGGAUAUGGCCUCAGGGCUGCUGGGGGUAUUAGGGACUAUUUUUUAGAAGGGAAGCAGAUUAGGAGAGCGCGGGGAACAGCGUGGCCGAGGCUGAUUUCCUGUCAACAGCCUCGGUUAUCCCUCAAUCCCUCCCUGUGAGAGAACCGGGACCGCACUCUGAGCUGUGCCCCGGGCGCACCGAGAAAUAAAGAGAGGGAAAGACAUUGGCAAACACAAAGAGAGGAAGAGGAUGAAAAGAGGAAAACAGGAACACAGUGUUGAUCGGUAGAAAUAGAAAGAGAGGGGCAGAAACGAGGAGGGAGAAAACUGAAGUAAAAAUGAGUAAUUUAUAAAUCCAGAAUCAUGGAGUGGAUGUGAAUUAUCAUCAAGUCAUUUAAAUCCAGCCCAAAUAUAGACAGUGAGGUACGAAAUCCACAGUUUUGGCUCCAGAACACACACACACACACACACACACACACACACAAACACACACACAGAUAGGAAUAUUUAGUUGUGAAUCCCACUGUGAGAACACUGCAUUUUCUGCACGACUUGCAUUUGCUGAGUGUGAGAACGAGAGAUACUGACAGAAAAUCUCUACACAACUGUGUACGUGACAGCAUGUGUGGUCUGCCUGCACAUUGAAAACAACAUGCACCUUUGUAUGUUUAAAGCCAUGUAUUUACUGCUGGUCUCCUUUCUCAUACAAUUUUCUAUUUUGAUCAAUUGGAGAUAGAUAAGAAACUACUACAGGGAAGCAAGGAGUGAUGAUUUUGAUCAUGACCAUCGUGUUUUCAUCAGUCUAACACACUUAAACAAUAGAAAAGAUUACGAAAAUUCUUUCACUCCAUUUUCAAUCAAUCCAUUCCUCAUAAGAUUGAGUCUUAUCUUGUAAGAUUAGACCUACCUUUAUUCUAUCUCAAACUACCAUUAGUGUAACUAACAUGAAAACAUAUGAUUUGCAAAUACAAUUUGAGGGAUAUUCUGACAGUGACCGAGGUACGGAGGCUCCAGAUUGUGAAGAAAGGUCUCUUACUUAUUUCAGCAAAGCUCCAGAUUUAAAGCACAGUGCUCUUUGUUGAAAGUUCUUGACUUAAAACAGAGUUUAUCAAUCUUGUAUUGUUUGUAGAUGCUCAGUUUGUGCUUUGAGGUUUGGUUUCUGUCAGUGUUUAUCCACAGGGGUCUCCUCCUCACACUGAAAAUAAAGGGGAAAAAUCUCAGAUUUCAGAUUCUGUGUUUUACCAGUGCUCUGUGGUAGAUGAAGCAUGUACAAGGGUCUGGGAGCUGAGCUGCUGUUAACCAAAGCUUAGCCUGUUUGCAGAAGCUGACUGUGUUUGUCUGUUUGGAGUUCAUCAGUCAGCAUUGGUUAAGAAAUUUUAAUCUUUUCAUCUUUAACAUCUGAGUCUCUACCAUGUGCUAAGGCAGGCUAACCGAGCUGUCAGCAACGCCUGUCUGCCUGUUUUGGCUGUGUACCCAUGUCAUGCCCAAAGUUUCCUCAUCUUUGAAGAAUAAGAAAGUUCAGUUUCAUAGUUGCUUUCCUGUUGCCUGGAUCCACUUUUCUUUGCUUUUUUAUGUAUUACUUUUUCUUAGACAGCCAUUCUUCUGCAGCAAAGAAAGAAUUUACAGGUUUUCCAGUGGGAGCAGACAAGUUUUUUUAGGAUGUACUUCACUUGCCAGCCACAAUACUACAGAAUUACUAGCAGUUGCUAUUGUUGCUGAGUGACAUGCUGUUUGAGUUAUGCAUAGUAAGAAAAGGCUGAGUUUUGUUGUUUGUUUUCUUGAAAUCCAUUAACUAUCAUCUCAAAUGCAAGAAUGCACUGAUGUACAAACAUAUACUACAUAUAAAGCCUUAUCUUCAUUGCGCUGUCACUGACCUUCUGGGAUUGUAUGUUUUUGUUUUCGUCCCAGGGUGUGGAGUGUGCGCUACAACCACAGUCAUGACCAGUUGGUGUUGACUGCCAGCAGUGACAGCCGCCUCAUCCUCUCUAAUAUGGUGUCCAUCUCCUCGGAGCCGUUUGGACACUUGGUGGAUGAUGAGGAGCUCAGCGAGGGAGAAGACAACCACCAGGAAGAAAAGUAAGAGCAACUCAGGCCAGUCAGAUAUGGAAAUGCUUUUCUGUUAUAAAAUAUAAAGACAAUUAAAUUCUUUGGACAACAAAAUCUAUCAGCAACUCAUUCCUUUUACCUAGCUGUGUAAUCACAUAUGGCCUGUGAUAAUAAACAAGGUUUGUGGUUACAUAGAAAAGCAGUCCAAGUACUAAGGAAAAUACUGCCAUGCUGUUUAUUCUGGACAGAAACAGAAAAACAAAAAAAAAAACUAUUUUAGUUCAUUAGUUUGAGGCUGAUUGGUGCCUUUACUGCGGCCAUGCUCUGUAGGACUGAUUCAGCUGCAACUAAACCCCGACUGAGAGGGUCAUUGUGUUCUCUUCAAUGAUGCCAGCCUGUAUGAGGAGAAUAUAGUCACACAGGUCGCUACUGGAAACCCCUGUUUUGUUAUUGUGCCUGUGAAUGCAUGUUAAGCUGAAAACAUACAGGAUCCGUAUGGAGCGUGUUCUGUCAGUGCCGCGUUUCUGCUCCGUUGAGCACAGGAGAUUUGGAGCGUGGUAGCAGCAGCGUAGUGCAGCCCGGUCAGCGGGGCUCAGUAUAGAGGAAACAACAGGCUCAUAAAUGGUUGUUGUGCCAACAGGUUGUCUAUUUCCUGCUAAUUUGGAUAUAAUUCAGUGACUGUUGAGCCUGUACUGUAUGUGAAAAAUCAACGUGAUUUUACAGUUUCGGUUUUUGCAGGUUUACUCGUGUUUAAUAAUGUAAACUAUGUUUCUUUAUGCUGUGCUGUUACCUUCAGACAGAGUUAGCAUUAAAAGUCCUGUUGGGGUGCACAUGGAUGAGGGAUUGACCAUCGCAUUGUUCUGUGUUACUGAUAAAUCCAUAACUAGGAAGUAUUUCUCAUCUACAUGAACUGAUACACAUUCGGGAGUUCACAUAUGGAGUUUUAUUUUGAAAUACCGGAUGACAAGCACAUGUUUUUGUGCUUGACAUCCUGUCUAAGAUGAUCUUCCCUGUAUAGAUUGGCGCGUGAUGGAAGCAAAGAGCAUCAAAAAUAGACUUAGCGCGUAUCUUUAGCAGAGCUGCGCUCGACACGCUUCUGAUAGGAAGCUGCAACAGAGCUGAUAUGUGUCCUGUAUGCAAUACUGCGUUGAUUAGACUGGCAACCUAUUUGCUGCGUGAUACAGAAUGCUGACAGGACGCGCUCAACAUGGAUCCUGUAUGUUUCAGGCUUUAGUAUGUAUAGUGUGUGAAUAAUAAGUUCAUGACUUUGAAUUGCCGCAGAGAGAUGUUUUUAAAGCUAUUUUAAAGCCACUGUGAGUUUAUUUGCCAGUGUGCUGUGGCUUUCAACUGAGUAUACACUUAAGAACUGUUUUCAACAGCACUGGAGAGUUGCAGUCACUCCUUUGAGUGCAAGCCCUAGCCCCAGCUCACUUCUUUUAAUUGUCUUGGGUUUGAAAUUAGCAUGUCAUCAUUUAAAGCACACCCCCGAAGGGUAGAAAUUUUACAGUCAAGGUUUGCAUCCCCGCAGUGCUAGAAUGAACUGAGUUGAGCCAAGUACAGCCUCAAUGACAGCCCCAGACAGACCCAAAGAGAUGGACUAUAAAUAAGCACACUCACCAAACAUUGCUGAUAUAGGAUCAGAUCAGGGUCAAAACAUUAGACAGCUGCUCUUGGAGGUUAUUUGAUAUGUUCAGUUACUAUAUCAUACAAUAGGCACAAUGAUUACCUAAUUGCACAUGCAGAAAUAGAGACAAGAUUUAACACAAAACCAUUUUAACACCAACUUAAAAACACAAACACAGCCAUGAGCUUCUCCAGCAGACCACGUAGGAUGGAACAGAAAUUUACGCUGGAAACUACAAUCACACUUGAGCCAGUCAUCCACAUGUACCUAGAUAAUUUGCUUGCGGUUAUGGAGGAUAAACGAAAGACUGAAUUUAAUGACCCAGAAAUAAAGAUGAUCAUUGUAGAUAUGUGCGCUUCUAUUACUGAAGUUAUCAGCAAUGGUGUCACCGAGAUCUGUUGAAUCAGAGAAGAGCUUCACUGUGUCUGAGUGGGAUGUGCAUCAGUACAUUGGUAAUAUGGGUGAAGUCAUCACACACACUGUGGCUGAUAUAGAGGGUGUAGGUGACAUCUGCUACCCGCAGGCAGAGGAGAUGACAGAGCUUGUGGUUGCAGCAGUCAGCGUGAAAGUUAACUCCAAGCUGUCCAAAACAAGUUGCACAGAAGCCAUAGCGCCGCGCAAGACCUUUAAGAGUCUUUUUAUCCAACAGAGUGAACACAUCAGGAGGAUCCUAAGACUCUCCCCAAGAAUUAAGAACGUUUUGAAACAGUUGAGAGCUGAGGAAAGAAAGAUGUCAACAUUAGAGCCGGUGGAGGAGAUUAAAGCUGUGUCUUAGACUGAGCAGGAGGAUAAGGUGUUGGAAACCACUCAUACCCCUGUAAUUUCUCUACAAGAAGAGUCCAUAUUAAAAUUUUACAUUGUAGAAGCCAAUGAAAUCAUUGCAAGAAAACUGAAAGAAGUGACCAAUUUUGACUUUCAGAGUUUUGUCUCAGUGGAAGAAGUAAACACGCUUCUUUCUGGAGUCAGCCAGGAUUCAGAGGACUUGUUAUUUACAAUUGUAAAAACUUUUAUAGAUGGGGCUUAACAGGACCCAAUUGGCUCACCUGACUUGGUAAAUAAAUCAUCUCUAGAAGAGACCAAAAAGUCAGUCAGGAGAGGGUUCAUCGGCAGGAUGAAGGCUAUUUUUGUCCAAACAUUUGCUCGAGAGUCGAUCCUGAAUGUGAUGUCUAGAGUCAGGUGCAGGCUGGGCCACCGUCAAAGACAGGAAGCUGUCAGAUCAUAUACUUCAAUGCUUUUGAAGAGUGUAGAUAGUCUUUUAAAUGAGAUAAUUACACCAGAAGAUCAGCAUACAAAAAGUGUGUCUAAAGAGAUCUGCCUGUUUGCGAGCUUAGCCAGCAACAUUUCCAGCUGCAAGCUUGAGAGUUUUGCUGAGAAGCUGAGUGACACACUGGCCAGUCACUUGACACCACAACAAGACCAAGAAGGAAGAUACCAAGCAGAUGCGGAAGUGGCUGAAGGAGCAGAUCCAACUGUGCAAGACUAAGAAGGACAGUGUAAGCAUAACCCUGAGAGAGAUCGGUAAAGUUGUGCACUCUCCAAAAUCAGGUGUUGGUUCCCAGACAGAGGCUGAGGGUCACACUUGCCCCACACCUAUGCAAGAAGAAGUCCAAAGCCUCACAGCUGAGGAGGAAAAAGAAGAGGCCUGCUCAGUGAAGAAGGAAGAGGAAGAAGCCUGCUCAGUUGAGGAAGAAGAAGAAGAGUCAGUAUCUGGGGAAUACAUAACCUCUUCUGGUAUUGAGUUGGUCUCACUGACUUGGGAAGUCAUUGUGAAGGAGCUCUUAAACAAAGUAAUGAAAGGUUUCCCCAUCAACUGGUCCCACCCUAACUACUUAUCAGUGGCAAUCAGGCUUCAAAACAUACUGUUUGCAGAGAAGAGAGGUGCUGACAUCAAUAUCCAUUGUAGCCACAAAAAGAUCAAAAGGAUAUGCAAGGCCGUCCACAAAGACCUGUGCAAAGAGUUUGGUAACACAGUUCUUUGGAGGGGUCUCAUGGUACAGGAUGAAACAGUCAUUGAGGCUGUGUUUGACACUCUGAACAAGCAUCUUUCACCAAAAAGACCCAGCUGUGUCCGAAGGUUCGUUAGAUGUCUUUUCGGGCCUUUCACUGCCCUCUGUAAAAGUGGCUAGAAACAUCAGGGUUUGGGUGGGUGGGUGGGACAACCCUUUUUCACAGCUGUCAUUCUGUGGACUAGUGAACCUUCAGGUUCCUGCUCUGACAGAAUCUCAGCUGUAUAAAAGGUUAUCAGGGCUCUGACGUCUGUCCUUAUGUCCAGAUUUUUCUCUGUGCUACCAGCCUCACUUUGGCUAGAAGCUCAGAGUGUCCAAGCUGGAUAUGAAGACAGACUUCAGGUCCUUACAGGUUUUCUCCUUUUUUACUAUCCAGGCCAGAGAUGGGUUUUCUCCGAGUGCUUCGGCUUCUCCAAAACCCUAAAAAAUAAUUUCCCCUCCUCGAGUUACCACCUUACAGUGGUGGAGGGGUUUGCGUGUCCCAAUGAUCCCAGGAGCUAAGUUGUCGGGGGCUUUAUGCCUCUGUCAGGGUUACCUAUGGCAAACAGGUCCUGGGGGAGGGACCAGACAAAGGGUAGUUCAAGUAGACCCUUUUUGAUGAAUGAAAUAUUUGGUAACAAAUUUCCCUCAUCAGGCGCCUUAUUGCUGUCAAAAAUCACAUUUGACAGCAAUAAUGCAGUGUAAUGAAACAAAGCUGAGAUUACUAAGCAUGCACAAAAAAAGCUGCAUUUACAAACUGAUAUCAGUCAUCUGAGGAUUAAACUUACUCUCUCACAUAUUUUAACACUCUGAAUGAUCAAGUGGAGAUGUAAAACAUUAGGAAUAUGUUACUGUCAAAACAUUUAGGGUGUUUUUCUCUGAAACAUGUAACCUUAUUUUCUUUUAGAAUUUAAGUGUAAUCAUCUGUACUACUUAACAUCCAGUCAUUUCUACCACUGUCCUCCAUCCAUUACAGUUUUAUUCCCCCUCUCAUCUGUAACUACCAGCUCUUACUCUCAUCGACACACUCUCAUCCACAAUUAUCAACUCUUCAUCCUAAUCACCAGCUCUCAGCUUUGGUUUGAACCCUCCCAUCACUCUUAUUGACCCCUCUUGUGUGGUGUCCACUCCACAGAGUCUGGACACCACACAUACAACUUCUACAGUGGGUGGGCUAUUUUUUCUAAAUUCUUACUUCAACAGUUUAAUGAAAUAUUUUAGAUGAUUGGGCGUCUUGCUGGGCCAUGAUUUACAAAAAUACACUUGGACUCCAUUUGAGGGUGGUUCCCACUUUGCUCAUAAAAAAAAGAGAAAGAGGGAGAACAGCGGUGGGAAACAGAGAAACAAAGGCUGGGUAAACCUCAUCAACAGGGUUAACUGAUGUCAAUUUUUUGUGCCUUUAUCUCUUCAAACUUAAUGGAUUUCUUGGGGUAUUCAGUGUUCAGUACCCUUACCACACUCAGUUGGAGCACCUCCACUUUAGCCAGUAUCACCUCUUCAUCAAUGACCAAUCAGAAUCAAGGGGCAGGACCUUUCAAACAUCCUCCUCAACAACCAGUCCUUGUGGAACAGUAAGAGACAAUUGCUGCCUUUACAUGAAACCUGUAAGUCACAUUGGUGUUCAAAUGAUAAAUUGAUGGGAACUCAGUCGCUAAGCAACAUGGACUUGAUGAAUUCAGUUCUAAUAAUUGUGAAUGUUUCUCUUUAAUAUAUUAGUGUGGCAUUAAUCCAAAUCCACACACAGCUGUCAUGUGUGGAACCCAACAUUCAAUCCAGCCGGUUUUUGCAAAAAGGAGCAUUUAAGGGUUUGAUACAGUGUCUCUCUUAUUUCUGCUGUCUUUGACAAAAUGUUUAUUCUGAAACAGACAGAUCAGGAAAUGGUGCAUGCUACAGUUGAACAUGAAAAUAUAAGGACAAAUACAAAGUGAAAUAAGGAACAUGAACUCCCUUUUUCAGGUACUGUCAAAGGGACAUGGUUUUUUCUAUGAUUAAACUUCUUAGAAACAUUCAGGUUUUAAUUUUGUUUUGUUAAAUCUUUAAAUUUUUGGAUUUGUCAGCUGAAAGCUGCUGAACUUAAGUCUGAUGAGACAUUUUUGUAUUCAAACCCCUUUGAUUCACACGAUUGAGAUAAAAUGCUCCCUAAGUCCUGCAAGGAUCCAAUGAUUUGGUUUCCAACAUUCUCUAUUUUUGUGCAAAAUGCAACACUUAUGUUUUUAAGUUGAAUAUAUUUAUGUUUGAAAAGCCUCCAAGGAUUAGAAUAUGAGAUGUGAUAAAAUCAACGCCCGGUCCCUGUAGUUGAACUCUUUGCAUUGUGUUUUAGGGGUAAGGAGCCUCUGAAGGACAGUGUGGUGUCGACCUAUGAGGAGCACGAGGACAGCGUCUACGCAGCUGAGUGGUCAUCCGCAGACCCUUGGCUCUUUGCCUCACUCAGUUACGACGGGCGCCUUGUCAUCAACAGAGUCCCGCGCGCCCUCAAAUACCGCAUCCUGCUCUGAGAGUGAUCUGUGUGUGUGUGUGUGUGUGUGUGUGUGUGUGUGUGUGUGUGUGUGUGUGUGUGUGUGUGUGUGUGUGUGUGUGUGUGUGUGUGUGUGUGGAGGUUGUCCAUGCACAUCCUUUGGCAACAGGGGGCUGCUUACAGACAUUCCCUUUUACAUGUGUAGUAGUGUGUUGUGUGCAAACUGCAUGUUAAAGCAGCCAUGGUAAAGAUUGUAUGAUGCUCAUAUACUCUAGUUCAUAUAUAUACAUAUAUAUAUAUAUGUGUAUGUAUAUAUGUAUAUACUCAUAAUUCAUAUAUGUGUGUGUGUGUUCCACUGACUUCUGUAAACAAUGACAUGCUGGAAACCACAUUAAAUGACUAAAACUCCUGAAUAAA